AUGUCAGUUUCUGGAAAGAAAGAAUUUGAUGUGAAGCAGAUCUUAAGACUGCGAUGGAGGUGGUUCAGCCACCCCACACAAGGAACACCAGGAUCUGGUGGCUGUCUGCAGCAGGAAGGAUAUGAGCACAGAGGGACGCCGGUUCACAGUAGGUUGAAAAGCCAUUCACGGGACAGGAAUGGGAUAAAGAAAAACAGCAGCCCUGUCCAUAACAUACUGGCACCAGUGCCAGGUCCAACCCCUGCACACCAUCGAUCUAUUCAAUCCUGGCACCAGCAAAACAUCAUAGUACAUUUACAAGCAAGUCAGGAUAUUCCAAAGUCCAGCACUGAGGAGAAAUUGGGGAAAGAAGAAGAAAGCACCAGCACAGAAGAGGUUAACACAGUCCAAGAGGAGAACCCAGAGGCAGCUACAGACAGGUAGGACUCGGAAGACUGAGUUCCUGUGGAGUUCUAUGAAUGGAACGUUCAGUUCAGUUUGUUUAUGUCUUACAUUGUAUAUAAUAAUAAACAAAGUCAUUCUCUUAUCUGUUUCAAUGCAUGCUUAGUCAAACUUUAUGAAUUGGGUACCUUGGUAAAAAAACAAGAAACAAUGAUCGAUUUGCAUUUAGGGGUGCUGUGUGGAGUGUUAGCUGCUCAUACCCCAUAGUAAAUCCCCCACUAUUUGGCUGUUUGUGAUAAGAUUUGCCCAGAGAACCUUUUUCAAACAAAGGAAGAAGAUGGAGGAUAAGCAGUGUUUAGCAAGCUUUCAUUUCAGUGCAUGUUUUCCUGUGCCUGUGAAAUUAACCUUGAACCAUGUGAAAAAAUGGGAGAACUUUAAACUUGGCUGUUAGAAUGAUUUAUCUGGAAGCACAUUCAUUUGGUAGCUGGUCUGCAUUUUGAAGAGCCCAGCUAAUAAAAACACAGUCUGCCAGUGCUGCUAUCUCGAUGCAGAUAUUUGUCAGACAAUUUAUAAUCUACAGGGCACUGAGAAAUAGGGGGAAUAUUGAACCCAACUGGCCAGAGUGUAAAGCAGCAGGUUAAUAAUGUGUGUGGUGGGUCACACCGCUAGAUUAAAGCAUCUCUACAGUCUGAGAUUGGACUUUCAAGUAUUUCACAUAAAAAAUAAAAAAAUAAAAAUAAUAAUAAUAAUAUAUAUAUAUAUAUAUAUAUAUAUAUAUAUAUAUAUAUAUAUAUAUAUAUAUAUAUAUAUAUAUAUAUAUAUAUAUAUAUAGGAUUGUAAUAAUGGAGAAAGAAGUAUAUAUAUAUAUAUAUAUAUAUAUAUAUAUAUAUAUGCACACACACAAAUAUACACAAUCUCACACACCAUUUUUACAUCAUCUGCUUCUUAUUUUACUGAAUCCCAUAUUGCAAAUAUGGGGACCUCACUACUGUACAGGUAAUAUUACGUGCAGUUUGGGUUCCCCAAUUUCAGAUAGACCUGAGACAUACCCAGCUAGUCCAAGAUUAGUGUGAGUUACACUCCCCAACAAAACCUUCCAACAUGGCAAAUAAAAUAGAUACUGCCUGGGACUUCCACUAAAGCCUAACUUACACUAAUCUCAGACAGCACUGGGUAAUUAGUGUCCCAUUGCUGUCCAUGCAAUAAACUCGCCCCCUUAACUUCUACAUUACAUUAAAAAAACCACACAACACUAAAUACAUUAACCCCUACACUAAAUACAUUAACCCUACACUACACUAAAUACAGUAACACUAAACAUUAAACCCUACACUCCAGUAAGACCAUCACUUAACAAUAAUCCUACACUAACCUAAAUACAGUGACACUAAACAAUCCCUAUACUACAGUAAGACCAUCACUUAACAUUAACCCUAUACUACACACAAUAGUAACCACUGAACUAGAGCAUCACUAGACAAUAACCCUAAACUACACUAAAUACAGUAACACUAAACUUUAAUCCCUGCACUACAGUAAGAACAUCAGUUAACAUUAACCCUACACUACACCAACACACAACACUAAACAUUAACCCUACACUACAUUAAAUACAGUAACCCUAAACAUUAACCCUACACUACAUUAAAUACAUUAACACUAAACAUUAAUUCCUACACUAAAUACAGUAACACUAAACAUUAACCCUACACUACACCAAUACACAACACUAAACAUUAACCCUACACUACACUAAAUACAGUAACACUAAACAUUAAUUCCUACACUACACUAAAUUCAGUAACACUAAACAUUAAUUCCUACACUACACUAAAUACAGUAACACUAAAUAUUAACCCUACAUUACAUUAAAUACAGUAACACAAAACAUUAACCCUACACUACGUUAAAUACAGUAACACAAAACAUUAACCCUACACUACAUUAAAUACAGUAACACUAAACAUUAAUUCCUACCCUACACUAAAUACAGAAACACAAAACAUUAACUCUACACUACGUUAAAUACAGUAACACUAAACAUUAACCCUACACUACACCAAUACACAACACUAAACAUUAACCAUACACUACACUAAAUACAGUAACACUAAACAUUAAUUCCUACACUACAUUAAAUACAGUAACACUAAACAUUAAUUCCUACACUGCACUAAAUACAGUAAUACUAAACAUUAACCUACACUACAUUAAAUACAGUAACACAAAACAUUAACCCUACACUGCAUUAAAUACAGUAACACUAAACAUUAAUUCCUACACUACACUAAAUACAGUAACACUAAACAUUAACCCUACACUACGUUAAAUACAGUAACACUAAACAUUAACCCUACACUACACUAAAUACAGCAACACUAAACAUUAACUCUACACAAAAUACAGUCACACUAAACAUUGACCCUACACUACAUUAAAUACAGUAACGCUAAACAUUGACGCUAUACUAAAUACAGUAACACUAAACAUUAACCCUACACUACAUUAAAUACAGUAACACUAAACAUCAACCCUACAGUACAUUAAAUACAGUACCACUGAACAUUAACCCUUCACUACAUUAAUCCCAACACUACAGUAAGACCAUCACUGUACAUUACAUUACACCAACACACAACACUAAAAUUUAACCUUACACUAAAUAUAAUUACCCCUAUAUUUAUCCAUGAACUACAAAGUUCAUGACUAGACUAGACAAUAACUCUAAACUACACUAAAUACAGUAACGCUAAACAUUACAUUCUACAGUACAGUAAGACCAUCACUUAACAAUAACCCUAUACUACACUAAAUAUCAACUCCUGAACUAGAAUAUCUCUAGACAAUAACCCUACACUAAAUAGAGUAACACUAAAUAUUAAACUCUACACUACAGUAAAACCAUCACUACACUAAAUAUUAACGCCUGAACUACAGUAUCAUUAGACAAUAACCACACAGUAACACUAAACAAUAAACCCUACACUACAGUAAGACCAUCACUACACUAAAUAUAACCCAUGAACUGCAGUAACACUAGACAUUAAAUAUUGCACUACAGAUUAUCUCUUAAAGGGACACCGUAGGCACUGUAUCUGCUUCAUCUCAUUAAACUGGUUAUAGUGUCUGGAGUCCCCUGGUACCAUAAUUUCUUUCAGCAUUAAACAGUUUUUAAUGUUUUUAUGUUUUAAUGCUAAACAAUAGUCCCCGGCAGUCCAUCCCAUCUGUACAGCUUUGGCUAAUAAGGAAGUAUUAGCCUGAGCAGCAAUGGACAGCUGUGAUUGGUUGAGAGUGUCAGGUGACUGCUUUCAGCCUGUCAGAGCUCCAACUGACGGUAUGAAUGGGUAUGAUAACAAGGAAGUGUGUAAUCUCUGCCUUAGCUACACAUACAGAAGGGGCUGGACUGUAGGUGGCCAGGGACUCGACUCUUAUGUUGUGGCAUACUGCACGAACAUGGUGCAACACUGAGUGGAGGGACAGUGCCAGGGCACUCCAGGCACUAUAACCAAUUCAAAGAGAUGAAAUGGUUAUAGUGACUACAGUGUCCCUUUAACAUAACCCUAAACUAUAUGCUUUAAACUCUGCACCAAACAAAAAUCCCUAUAUUACACUAUACAUUAACACAUACACAGUAUUAACAGUCACUUAAUAAACAGUCAUUUAAUAUAAAAGAUACAUAACAGCAGACUGUGUAUAAAGGAAAUAAUACAAUCUCAGGGUUUUGGAGACAUUCAUAAACCACUUGACCUUCGGUCUUCACACACACACAUACAACAAACACCUAUGUGCAUACAUAUAUUACAUGCAUUGUAUAUACUAAACUUGUAAUUAAGCAUUUCUUUGCUGCUGCAUGUCAGUUUUAUUUUUAAUAUUCACUGAAGUAAUAUUCACUGUAAUAUUCAUAUUAGUUCAAAUUCCUAAAUAUUUCAAGCCUAUUUUGACAUUUAAAUAAUUCAUGUAUUUUCUCAGUGAUUUGGCUUUGAGUGCUGGGAGUUAUUAUCUGUCAUGGAUGCAGUCCUGCUAAAUUGAGGAAAGCAAUAGUAAUUACAGUUUUUCAGCAUAAUAAGUAGUGAUAUAUUUUAAGGUUAGUAUUUAAUAAGAGCAUGUUUUUCAUUCUCUAUUCUGUAACCUUAUUUAGGCAUGGUCCUCGUCUACCUAUUGUUCCUGUAACAUUUUGUAAUUGUCUCAUUUAUUGUUAACUUUCCCCCUUUUUAUAAUAUUGUAAAGUGCUGCGGAAUAAGUUGGCACUAUAUAAAUGUCAAUAGUAGUAAUAAUAAUAAUAAUAAUAUAACAAGGGGAAAUGAUUAUAUACACUAUAUAUAUAUAUAUAUAUAUAUAUAUAUAUAUUGAUCUGGAAAAAAGGUAACGCAUCACAGCUAAUAUAGAUAUUAGCUGUGAUGUGUUACCUUUUUUCCAGAUCAUUAACAGCCAGCACUUAGCACCACAGCUCUUGUGGACUACAAUUCACAUUAAUCUCAGGAAUUUGUCUGAGAGUGACCAGAGUUGUUUUCCAUCAUGGCUGUAGCACUGAUGGGUCAAGUAAGGUAAUGGGAGUUUCACUUUUCAACUUCUAUGUCAGAAUGAUUUCUUCGUAAUGAAUGUUAAGGGUAGCAUAAAAUGUGAGCUGACUCGGCUAAACUUAGUUGGUAUUCAUCACAAAACAAAUGUAUUGAAAUUGCUCUACUAUUAAACAAAAUUACACAGAUUCCAACAUUUUCGAAUUAAUCAGAGGUAAAUAGCUUGUUGUAUAGUGUAUUGCACUAUGCACUCCAUAAUCUUAAAGUUCAAUCACUUUACACAUACUAGUACUAAUGGAUAUUGCUCAUAGGUGAAAACAAAAAAUGGAAUGCUCAUAGUAAUGGGAGUGAAUAAGUGCCCAUAUUCUUCAUUGACUCACCUGAGAGUAUUUACCUGUGUGAAAAUAGCCCAGAACAUUUUUUUGGGGCAAGGGAUGUGUUUGUGGGAAGGUUUUCCCAGGAACUUACUUCUAUAUAAAAGUGUACAAAUAAAAAAAUAUUUAUUAAUAUAACACAAUACUGUUAUUGACGUGAUGUAAAAGGUUAUUGUCAGUAUUUGACUAUUGCAAAUUGCAGCCACUAUAGCUGAAUUAGAAAAAAAUUCCAUCUAAAUUAUUUUUAGAAUUUUGACCAUUUUGUUUUUAUCAUUUUCACGUUCAUGACCAUUUCCGAAGUAUUCCCAGUUUAGUGAAUAACUAUGCUUGAACUAAUAAUAGUGAUAUUUCAAUGCAUAAAAUGGAAUAUUUACAAGAAGCAUUGAAACAUACUUUUUGAAGUAGUCCAUGCAAUUGUAUAAUAGAAUGAACAAUGACAGGACACAGGAAAACUAAAAACACAGGAAGCUGAGAGAGUCCAUAAACUCAGCAUUGAUGCAUCGCUGCUGCUAGAACUGAUAACAUAAUGGUAGCCUGUCUCUUCUGUCUGAUCUUGACACAUUCCCUCUCAACCUUGUGCAAAACAAAAUUUUGUCUACUAAGCUCAAUUUACAUUUCCUGAUUCAGUGUUUGACCUCUGUGGGGGAAGACAUAUAUAUAUAUAGAGGGUACUUUCUGUCCCUAUAGCAGAAGAAAUAAAAUUUAUUUAAAAAUCUGCAUAAUUACUUAAGAACUUGUGUGGCUCAGAUAAUGGCAUUGGUUUAAUAUUCUUGGAUUAGCUUUUCAAAUGCCUUAAUAGUUUUGAACAAACUAUUAAAAUGAUAUAAAAUUUGGAAAAAUAUCUAAAUAUUUUGAUAUUUUUAUUAUGUAUUUGUUUUAUAUAUGAUAUAUUUUAGAUUUUUUUUAAUUUUGAAAAAAAUAAAUUAAAUACAUUAAACUUAAUUAAAAAAGAUAAAAUACAUUUUGAAAAAAAUAAAUUAAAAAGCUUAUUCAAAAAUAUUAAAUCAUUUGAAAAGCUUAUCCAAAAAUUUUAAAUCAAUUCCAAUUGAAUUAAUAUUUUUGGAUAAGCUUUUCAAAUUAUUUUUUUUCAAACCAAAAUGCCUACCUCCUCCCUGUUGCAGUUAUGUGCCAUAGAUGUUAACCAUAUUUUUUUAUAUAUAUAAAAUAAGAAAAAAUAUACUGAAGGGGUUAAUGACAUUUUCAGGCACGUAACUUCCUAUUGUCUAAUAUAAAUACAUAUAUAUAUAUAUAUAUAUAUAUAUAUAUAUAUAUAUAUAUAUAUAUAUAUAUAUAUAUAUAUAUGUAUAUUGUGUGUGUAUGUAUGUAUGAAUGAUGUUUUGUGUAGUCCACCUAUUCGGAUCAGGAAGCAACGGUCUACCACAGUGUUUCCCAACCCAGUCCUCAAGGCACACCUACCAGUCCAGGAUUUAGGGAUUACCCAGUUGUGUCUAAGGUGUUUUUACAAAGAAGAAAAAAAACACCUUAGACACAACUGGGUAAUCCCUAAAUCCUGGACUGGUAGGUGUGCCUUGAGGACUGGGUUGGGAAACACUGGUCUACCACACCAGACAGGACCCAAGGUGCAGACAGUGCAAAGAGGCCUUGGAUCAAUCCAGCAGCCAGGUGCAAUAUGUUAGCAAGGACAGCAUACACUGAGAGGCAUAACAAAGUUACUGGGAUUGUGUACCAAAAUAUCUGCACAGAAUAUGGGCUGGACCUGCCUGUUCACCAAGUAGUUGAGAAUGACAGGGCUAAAAUCAUGUGGGACUUUCAGGUCCAGACAGACCUGACAUGGUGGUGGUAGACAAGGAACAGGUAACUGAAGUGGUGGAUGUGGCAAUACCGGUGACUAUAACACCAGGAGAUAAAAAAUCCUAAAUUAAAGAGGAUUUGCAAUAAAGGAAGUGUAAGCAUUAAAUCUAACUUUCCAGGAAGCAUUUAGGAAGACUGUACAUGUUAGGGGCAUGAUCUAUACACCAAUACUGCUUCAUUAAGCUAAAGAUGUUUUGGUGACUAUAGUGUCUGCCUAGUGUCCUUCGGCAGUGAUAAGCUUAUCCAAGCUUAUUGCACAGUAGUACGUUAUGGGCACAGCAGGGUAUUCUGUAUCUUGCAGUUUUGUUGCCAGCUUUCUACUAUAGAAAACCAAGGAAACAAAAUUACAACUCCCAGAAAUCUUUACUGUGCAAAAUUGUACAGUUUUAUUAUUAAAGCAAAAAAAGGAAAAUGCAGAUUAAGAGGAAUACAGUGUAGACUUGUAAGCUUGUUUAAGCAGGGUCCUCUUCAACCUAUUGUUCCUGUAAGUUUUCUUGUAAUUGUUCUAUUUAUAGUUAAAUCCCACCUCUCAUAAUAUUGUAAAGUGCUACGGAAUUUGUUGGCGCUAUAUAAAUGGCAAUAAUAAUAAUAACAAUAAUAAUAAUAAUAAUAAAAAAACAAGCAUAAAGCUAAGAAUACUUGUAAUAAAAAUACUUACCGUGUAAUAUAAUAAAAAUUUCCAUAGAUUUUAAUGGUGACUUUUGUAUAUAAAUCACUUGGAAACUUUUCUAACGGUAUAGAAUCAUUUGGAAAGCUUAUAAAAUCAAGGCCCAUAUGUUGGUUAUUGAAUUGUACUUUGAAUCAUAUUCCAAAACCAUGGUCAAAAUAGCUAAGUCUGAAAAUCAUCUAGAUUGUAUUUUUUUUUCUCACAGCUGCAUUAUCGUAUAUUUUGGAUUUUUUCCAAUUUUUCACAGUUAAUUAUGUAGUACUUAACUGGCAUAGUGCAUCUCUUCUCGGACAUCUGUGUUUCGUUUUAGACAAACAAAUUAUACGGAAAAGAGUGUGUUAUAAAUAUGUAUUUAUGGGGAAUUUAGGUUCCCAAAAAUCUAUCAGAACAAAGACUAGUAUGGCUAUGAUUGGUGAUAAUAUUAACAUACAGUAAGUAGAGUUGCUUAUUCGAAACCAUAUUGCAAACAACAUUGCAAAUUGCAUUUAAGCAUUAAUCUGUACUCACAGCUCCUUUUCCAAUUUUAACCCCAUUAUUGUUGUGGUAUGAGACCUCUGCACACAUUGGUUUAGCCUGUUUCUGUGCUUUUUGGGAGAGCGAGGCUCAGAUCAACAUAGGGGCCAUUGGAGCUCCAGCUCCAGGCCCACACAUUGCAAUAGACCAGAGUCAUCUGACUUUUUUUUACAUUUUUAUUCAUAUAUGUUUGUGAUCCGAUACUGCUUUGAAAUGCUCAGUGUCAUGUUCAUAGCAUGUAUCCAGGGAGGGAGGUAUAUCUUCAAUGGCUUGACUGAGCAGCAUAGGAAACCCUGUCCAUAACAAAGUAAUUGUCAAAGGUAGAUCUGGCACUGUAUGUACAUAUUUACAUAGCAAUAUAGGCUGAAAACAAUCCAUAAAGUACACCCUUCCGGUCAGCUCCCCUGUCAGCUCCACUGUAAGUCUUGCGGUGUGAGUGCCGCAUGGAGCGUUGCCACGGUAAUCCGUGGCAACGUUCUGACCCUGCGGCUCUCGCGAGACAGUGGAGCUGACAGGGGAGCUGACCGGACCAGAGGAGAAAGAAGGGAGCUGACAGGAGCUGCAGGAAAGGUAAGUUACAGCUCUCUGCCAGCCCCAAACAGGACCACCAGGCUUAUAAUGAGCCCGGCGGUCCUGGUCUGUAUUAUGGCAAUGUAAAUUGCCAUAAUACAGACAUUAACUCGAGUAUAAGUCGAGUAGGGGUUUUUCAGCACAAAAAAUGUGCUGAAAAACUCGACUUAUACUCGAGUAUAUACGGUAAGUUAAAUUGACAUGACCAGUCUCUCAUAAAACCAUGUUGAUUACUACUUAUGAUGUUGUAAACAAUGAAGUCCUGAGUUUGAUGCCUUACAUUUUUCUACAACCGUUCAAAUAGUUUUCCAAAAAUUGUUUUCCAACCACAGAUGUUAAAACACACAGGUCUGUAAUUACUGGACAGAAAUUGUUCCCACUACAUUUGCUUUUUUCCAAUCUUUUGGUAUUACUACUGAGAGAAAUGAAUUCUGACAGAUGAUAAACAAUGAUUUGGAUAUUACCACACUUAGCUCCUUAUGUACUUGUGGGUGAAUGCCAUCUAGCCCUGGGAUGUUGCUUGCAUUAAAGGACCACUAUAGGCACCCAGACCACUUCAGCUUAAUGAAGUGGUCUGGGUGCCUGGUCCAUCUAGGAGUAACCCUUUCUGCUGUAAACAUAGCAUUUUCAGAGAAUCUGCUAUAUUUACCUUAGGGUUAAUCCAGCCUCUAGUGGCUGUCUCAUUGACAGCCGCUAGAGGCGCUUCCGCACUUCUCACUAUGAUUUUCACAGUGAGAAGACGCUUGCGUCCAUAGGAAAGCAUUGAGAAUGUGCAUUCAGCUGAUGACGGGGAAAGGAGGUGGAGAGUCCCCACCGCCGAGGGAGCCCGGCGGGAGGGGGGCCCUAAGGGUGAGGGGGACCUAGAGACCCUAUAGUGCCAGGAAAACAAGUAUGUUUUCUUGGCACUAUAGGGGUCCUUUAACUUUAUUUAACUGCAGUAGCAAUUUCUCCUGUGUCAAACAAUCAUAUAUUUUCUCUAUGUUUUAGUACUAGUGAUUUAUAUAUCAUCUGCUCUUGGUUCUUCUUUGUUAUGUGCUAAAGAAAAAUAUAUAUACUCAAAAUGUCUGCUGUUUGAUUAUUAGUAUUAUUAUUACAGGCAUUUGUAAAGCAUUAAUAUAUUCCACAGCACAGAACAAUUGGGGAAAAGACAGUACAACAUACACAGACCAAUACAUGAGGGCAUGAUCUCAUGAUCUUCUAAAGACCAGAUGCUAGAAUUUCAAAUUCAUAAUUUGUAAUUGGACCCCCACUAAUUCUCAGCUCCAGAAUGAUGAAGACCCUCAGUCAGCACUGUGUGUGAGGGAAUGCUUGAUUUAAUUUGCAGUUAUCUCUUUAAAUGUUGCCCCUCCUUGCUUCUGAUAUAUGUAUCUACUUUGUGACAUUGUAUUAAAAAAUAAGACCAGACGAACUGAGGACUAAAAUUAGUCACAAUCAAAACACAUUAUUAAGAUGUAUAUGUUUACACAUUAUGAAAAUAUUAAAAACAGAGCAGAAACAUACUUUUUUGGAGAUAAAUAUAAAUGUGAUUGCCUGAAGAGAGGAAAUGUUCUAAAUUCAUAUAUUAUAUAUUUGGAGUUUGGGUGAUUUGAUGGUGAAUAGAUAUGAUGUGGUGUUCAAUAGGAUUAUGUUUUCUUUUCUGCAUCUGUCCCCGUUAAAAAUAUUGGGACUUUAGCACCAAUGUAACAAACAUUAGUUAACAGUUUGAAACAAAGCCACAAGAAUUCAGACUUUUUUUGUAAAUUUGUAUUUUUGCUGGUGCAUUAAAACAACGUUAUAAGUAAAAUACCUUUAUGCAUACACAUAUGAGGUGUAAUUGCAAGGUGUCAUGAUGUUAGUAUUUUAAAAUUUUUGUCUGUAGUAGACAUAGACUGAUGAGUAGGUGAUGUAAAAAAAAAAACCUCGACUAUAGAAAACCCGCUUGUCCUACACAUAUUGAGUAGCUAAAACCUGGCAUAUGCAUAUAAAAAGCUGGUCAGACAUAUUUUUUUAGUUUGUUUGAGGGACAUGAGAACACUAGCUACAAAGAGCAAACACUGAGAAGAAGUUACUGGACCUUCUCCUGUAAGUCAACCAGAAAACAUUACAUUGCGCGGUGGGAGAUGUGUGAAUACAGUGAUGGGUCAUUCGAAAGAGACAAACAAGGAUAUGCUGAUAUAGUGACAGGACAUUAGGUCGAUACUGAUAAAGACAUGUUGCAAAGGUUGAAUGAUGUUAGGAAAAGGCAGCAUUUGUUAUGGCAUACAUACUACAUAAGAGGGAAACAGCUGGAAAAAGGGAUUUUAGGGUGAGAGACAUUAAAAAUAUUUGGUUUGACAGUUGUGUAUGCUGAUCACAAUAUAGUAUCAUGUAAUUAUCAGCAAUUGCCGUACAAAGUCUAUGUCAAUGUUCCAUACGACCGAGCCAAAAUGAACACAUCACCUGUAAUAACAUUUUGGAAAUACUACCAGGUUCACACAAUACUAAGCAUCAAAAUGUAAUAGGAAUUCCACAGCAUUAUCAAGAAGACCACAAAGAAUACAAUUUAAAAAUAUAAUGCCAAUUGCUCUGCCCCCAAAAAAUAAAACAUUGGAAUGUAUCUGCUUGGGUUUAACAGAAAAUAGUCUGCAGACACGUUUUUAAUCUGUGGUAGAUUCACAACAUGCCUAAAUGGAUUAGAUGCUUAACGGACUGGCUUAUUUCAGAGAUGUUAGAAAACUCUACAUCUUUAUUUUGUAGAUUUAGAUUACAUAUAAAUAUAGACAGUAACUUUAAAUUUGUAAAAUAGCCAUUCUUUGAAACUUUUUUACAAUAUUUUUUGACUGUAUUAAUUGUAAAUGAAUGCUAACAUUAUAUGAACUAUAAAAAAGCACAACCUCUGUCAAAAUGCUGUGUAUUAAUAGAAAGAUAAAAGAUAGUUGUUCGGAAAAAAGAGCACAAGGGAGGUGGAAGGGGACAAUAACAGGAAAGGAGUUCAGAAGCUUUAGACUGUUUUAGAGAGAAAGGUCCACAAGGGAAAACAUUGUGCUUAGUUUUAAUAACAAAACAAACAAAAAAAAAGGUAAAUGGUUCACGUUAUCUCAUCUGACAUAUAAUUAAAGCAGAAAUACAAUUGUCGCAGUUAAAAUCAUGAGGGAAAUUUACUAAAUCAUCUACAAACAUUGUCAUCUAAAAUCAUCUUUGGACUUCAUCCAAAUGUAGCCCCAGCCAUUGCUUAGCACUUAUCACAUUGACACCAAUUUGUCUCUUUAAUCACAUUUAUUUAUUUAUUUAUUUAUAUGUUCAUUACUUAGUUAGUGCCUCUAAUUUUUGCAGGGGUCCUAGUUAUAAGUUCCCUUAAUGUCACUUGGCAGCUGGCAGGUUCACUAUUAACGACUGUAAAAGCCAAUCACGAUAAAAAGUGAAUUAAAGAGAGAAAGAAAAUGGAAUAGUCCUUACACAGAGAGUUGAUGCAUAUUUUUUAUUUUACAACAAACAAUACCAAGUAACAGGGUGUUUCGUCCUGAAGAAGUUGGACAACCGACGAAACGCGUCGAGCCAGCUAUAGAUGACCCUGUACUUUGGUACCAGCAGUUUGAUCUUUGUAUGCAUUUGGCAAUUUGGGAUUUUGCACUUUGUUUCUGCAAUUGGGAAGGCUAUUUACUAGUGAACUCCAUUGCCCUAUUCCCACCCCUAUUUGGGAGAUAUAUCAUCUAUUAUUUCAAAUGGACGUUGUGAAGGGAUAGUGUAUGUUAGUGGCUAUGUAUAGUAAUUUAUCCUUACUUCCCUUUACUUAUUGUUUUGCAGUGUGCACUUUAUAUUGUAUUUCCAGCUGCUGACCAAAGGCCAUUUUUUAUCGGUUAGUAUUGUGUUAUAUAUAUUUUUUAAUGAUAUUUUUUAUGAUAUUUGAAUAAAUUGAUAAACUUUUACUAUACUGAUCUCUUAUUCUAGCUAUAAUUUGUCUCCUCCUAAGUCCAUUGGAGACAAGCUGGUAAAGACAAGUGAUUGUGGCGCCCUGUUACUUGGUAUUGUUUGUUGUGAUUUGAAGUUGGGAGUAACUUUAUUACAGAGGCUUGCCGGCACGUUAUUUUUACUUCUUCCCCCACUCACCUGGCCUUUGUUCGUCUAUAUUUCGUCUAUAUUUUUUAUUUUAACCCUAACUUUUAUUGUAUUUCAUACAGAUCAUCUUCUACCAGUAGAGCAAACUGAGAGCAUAAAAUUCAAUUUUAAUAGAAAUUUAAGAUGUUUAUUUGGCUAAACAUUUUAUUUUGAUUACAACAGUAAUACGUAACUUUGGGCAGCACUGAAACCUAGGUUACCAUGAUUUUUUCAGUGGGUCUACAAGGAUUGCAACAGUUACACUAGAUUUAAGCCCUAGACCAUGGAACAAAUUAAACUACCGAAUCCUGUGAAGAUCCCUCUGAUAAUGUGAUAAAUCUAAUGAAAGUGUUUUAUUCAAUUUAUUUUAGUUGUUGAUUGAUUACAACUGAUAAAAUGGGUCACUGCACUUUUUUAAAAUUGAAGAAUAGGUCACCCCGCUAAUCUCAUCCAUAAUUCGAGUCCCUACAGGAAAAUAUUUAGGCUUCCUGGUUUACAUUUCUAAAAUGGUUUCCUAUAUAGCAAUAUCCAAACUUCCUCUUAAACUUUUACAUGGAUGUAAAAAAAUAAAAAUAAAAAAAUAAAAAAGAUUUAUCAUUAUCAAUGGGCAGGAAAAUUUGUUUUUUUUCCCUCAGAAUAAUUUUGUGAUUCUUACUUUCUGUACUUACUUUCUUACAAAUAUCUGUAUAAAAAUAUUAAUGUAAAAUAAAUAUGUAAAGUAUGGGCAUCUUGGAGAUAGAAAAAAGUAUUACAGUGAAAAGCUCUUUUUUUAAAUGUAUUUUUGAUGUUUCUUCCAACAUGUGCAUAGACUUAUUUACUAAACAUUGACUUUUAUAAUAUUAAAUCCAAAUAAAAUAAUUGAUAAUUCUCCAGCUCGGUUAUAGCAACAUUUGCUAAAAUUAUAUUAAAUAACCCUGACAGUAUUCCACUUAGAGAUUUAUAUAUGUGGUAAGUCCAUCUUUAUAAUGGGUAGUCAAAAAUAUUUUCUUGUCAAAACAAGUAAAAGCCUCCAAUAGGAGGGAGCAUGUAAAAUCUAAAGAGCUUAAAGUAACAAUUGUAAAAGCUCUAAACACACAUUUGAGAACACCCUGCUCCCACACACCACACUUAAAACACUGAAUAAUAGUGGUACAAGUGAUAAAUACAAAGGCAAAAGGUAUUCCCUAUAUGCUCUGAGACACACAAUUCCUAAGGUUAAAGUGUUCCCUUAAGAAAAAAACCAAAAGGAAAAAAAUGUGUGUAUAAAUCACCACAAGUGAUAACAAUAUACUACAACCUGUUCAGUAAUCGGUGGAAACCAGCCAUAAACACUGUAUGUCUGGGGGAACAAAAUAAAAAUAUAGUGCAAUACAAUAAGCACAAAUGAAGGUUUUAGGGGUGGUAGAGAACUCACUAGAAAGUAGUAAAUUUAGGCAUGUCUCCCUCAAUAAUGGGGUUAUGGCAUAGAUAGGAGGAAUCUUCCAAACACCGCAAUCUUGGUAUAGAUGUAUCUUCUUAGAAGGAAAUUGUCAGUUGUGUGGAAGGAAGUUAUACAUCCCUGAGGAAGUUAAGAAGAGGCCAAACGCGUUGGACUUUCACUUUUAUCUGCUGAUAUUAUAUCUGUUUAUUUUUAUUUGCUUUUACUUUGUACCUGUGGUCCUGGAAUUUUUCCUGCUGCCCAUUGGAGACCUGGACACCACAUUGUUAUGGAAAUAUGCUGUUUGUCACCUGACAAUGUCCUUCUAAGAAGAUACAUCUAUACCAAGAUUGCAGUGUUUGGAAGAUUCGUCCUAUCCAUGCCAUAUCCCAAUUAUUGAGGGAGACAUGCCUGAAUUUACUACUUUCUAGUGAGUUCUCUACCACCCCUAAACCCCUCAUUUGUGCUUAUUGUAUUGCACUAUAUAUUUUUUGUUCCCCCAGACAUACAGUGUUUAUAGUAGUUUCCAUCCAUUACUGAACAGGUCAUACUAUUUUGUUAUCACUUGUGGUGAUUUAUACACACAUUUUUUCUUUUUGGUUUUUUUCUUUGUAUCUUUUGUACAAGUGAUAAAACCUAUACCUUUUAGUGGAGCACCAAAUGGAAAACAACCAGAGUUACUUACCCUUUAAAUACUGGUAUAAGUAGGGAUAUACACAAAUUAUGUAAAAACUAAAAGAAAAAAACAUAUAUAGUGUAGACGGUAACUACCGAAUGUGGGGUAUAUAGGUAAUAAUUUGAUCCACUCAUAUGUGCUGGAGUCUAAAUAUAUUGACUCUGUAAAUAGCUCCUCUAUUCUUUUAGGUCAGCAUCACACGUCCUGCGAACUGAUGUAGAACUAAAAAAAACAAAAAAGAGAAAGGGAGAGAGAAGACCAGUGUUUAGUGUAAAUGGACAUCACCUCUUUCUUGAGAUAAAAAGGUAUAUACACUAUUAUUUAAAAGUAUUUUAUUCCCUGAAAUCAAACAUGUAAAUUAUGAUUUCUCCACCCCACAGUCCUGAGAUAUAUUAAUUCUGAAGCACUAAAUGAUAUCACAUCUCCCAACAUUUAAUAAGAGACACGUUUAUUUUAUGGGUGUGAGUGCGGUAUGGCCAGGGGCGGGACUGUAAUAACAAUCUAAGCAGCUAAAAUGGAUUUUAGAACAAGUAUAUUGUGUCUUAUUUAAACAGAUUGAUUUUCCUUAACACAUAUUGCAUAUUAAAGAUUGUGAGUAUUAUUGCUGGCAUAAUUCAGACACACUAAGAAUACUGAACUUUUAAACAAAAGAGAUAUUAGGAUAGAAAAGAGGGACUUAUAAAGCUCAUUUAGCUGCCUGGUUAUGUUUCUUGUAUUUCCUGGCAUAUGUUUACGUUGAGAUAUGUUAUACAAUAUGUUGUAUAUUCAUUUUUUGUUCUUAUUUUAUAUUAAAAUGGAUACUAGUGCGGUUUAUUAUCGAACACAUGUAUGUGACAUUGCAACUUUUAUUCUGUACUGUGGUGUCCUAUUCUUAAAGUCAAGAAUUAAAGAAAAAAAAAAAGAAAGAAAAAUAAGAGGAACAUUGGGAUUUGGACCCAAAAUUGGGACCAUCAGUUCUAAAUAAGUAAACUUGGCAGGUAUGUAAAGAUACACUUGUGUCUUAAUUGUGUAUGAUGUCAUUAACAUUCUGGAGAAAAAAAAAUUCUGAUAUAAUACCGCAGGCAUACUUGGAGCAUAGUAAAGAAUGUCAUCUGUUUUAUGCCUGCACAUGACAUAAAUUAUGACAUGCACUUAUUCAUCAGACCAUUAUCCAUCAAGUAUUUUCCCCUUUUUGUCCAGUAACUGGUGUGGGACAUGUCAUGCAGCGUUAUGGCAUAUUGAUAGAGCACAUAGCAUGCAGCAACUUUGACUAUAUUUGAAUUAAUGCACAGAUUGAUAUGAAAUUUUAUGUUGCUAUUUAAAGCUAUGUUUCAUGUUGCUUACAUUUAAUUAAUUCUCUGAAAGAGGAAACAUACGGUUUUGUCUUUGUGUGUGAAACAGGGCAAACACACAGAUAAACUAGGACUGCGGGAGUCUUGCAAGUCUGCUCACGGGGUAUAUCAAUGUUGGUAUUCCUGGAUUACUCUCACAACUAUACCCUCAAGCUGUGUCGUUGCAUCACUGAUCAAGUCUAUUUUUUUACUUGAAUGUUUCUUUAAAGGCAGAAUAAGAAUGUUUACCAUGUUAUUAUAGUAUUUGUAUAAUAAACUGAUAAUGUGUGUAUCAGAUAUAGAACACAUGGAGCUACUAUGUGCAUGAUAGAAUCCUUUAGCACACAGCAGUAAAGUUUUAGAGGUAUGUUAAUUUGAAAGUGCAGCAGAUCUACAAAUCUGUCGAAAUACCUGGAGGAGUUUUAUUAUGCACGUUUCCUUUACUAUUUUAAUAAAAAAUGUGGAAUCAACAUUUCUCAGCUGGCAAUUUUCACCCAGAGCAUUUUUCAAUCUGAGGAAGUGUGCAAUAACAAAAGGAAAAAAAAAAAGGAUUAUUUAGCAUAUUUGUUGAAAUUCCGAAGAACUAACGGCACAGUGUAUAAUAUUAUAGAACACAAAAAAAAUAAAGAAUAAAACGAUGUGUUGUAUACAUUUUCUGUUGUGCAUCAUCAAGAAAUGUUAAGUGGGACUUUGGGAAAAGUCCACCUGGUCAUACUAAUUCCGCAAAAAUCAAGUUUCCACAAUUCCCCAGAAUUUUACCUCUUCAUACAAACAUACAGAUAUUAUGUGUCAGAUUUCAUCUUACAUUUUACAAACACAUAAACCAAUCUGGUUGCAUAUUGCACCAAUGAGAAGUUGCAAUUUAUUUAGUACUUAGAUAUACGCUUACAAAAGGAUCUUAACUCUUUGACCAGUAGCAGCUCUAUGCUGUUUCGAACUAAAGGAUCAACGCUGUUAAAGAGACAUUAUAGGCACUUAAACAACUUUAGCUUAAUGAAGCAGUUUUGGUGUAUAGAUCAUGCCCCUGCAGUCUCAAUGUUCAAUGCUCUGCAUGAAAUGUGCACUGCCUUCCUAAACACUUCCUUUAAAGAAAGACCUGAUAUUUAAACUUCCUUUAUUGCAAUUCUGUUUAAUUUAGAAUGUUGUACCCACUGCUCUGUUAAUUGCCAUCUAAAUCCUGCAGGAGCCUCCUGUGUGUGAUUUAAUAAAUACUGAGAAAGAGUAAAAAUAAGUAUAAAAUAAGUUAUCAUCUGAUUGACAAUGAAACCUUUUUAUUUCUAUGCAUGCAGUGUCAGUCACAGCCAGGGGAGAUGUGGCUAGGGCUGCAUUAAUAGAAACAAAAGUAGCUGAACUACUAAAUGACAGAAAAUUGAGUGGUGACACUGCAGUGGCAUGAUGUAUACACAAAAGCUGCUUCAUUAAGCUAAAGUUGUUUUGCUGUCUAUGGUAUCCCUUUAAGUUUGAUGAUGUUUUAACUGCUCUGGGUUAAAGCGCUAUGUAUAGAGCUCCAUUAUGAAGUAUAGAUGAUGAUGGCGUAUACGUCUAAGCUUUUAAUGUCACCUCUUUCCAUUGUAGAGUACUGAGGUAUACCUUGGUGUAUUACAACAAUAUAUUAUUACAAUAUUGAAAGUUCUUGAAUGUAUGUGAAACUGACAGUGUAGGCAGAGCUACAACAUUCAUCUCUUUAACAGAGAACAUCUCUUUAAUUUCAUGCUUUUAGCAAGCAUCGUUGUAUCUAAAUGUGAAGGUCGAAUCUUGCUUUAGGACUAUCGAAGCUCUACUUGAAAGUGCAUUUCAGCGACUAGUACAGAAAAACAAUGAUCUGUACAUAAUGUAUUAACUUGGUACAGUUUGUUCUAGUGCUUUGUCACCUGGCUUUUACAUAUUAAAGUAUGUAGUGAGAAUGCUAGAAAAUAUGCAUGUACCACUCAUGGGCUUGUGUUUUGCUUCAGUAGUGCAGAUGGCGUACUGAUAAUGCAAGCAUUGUCAGCUAGUAGAAUACAAUAAACACGUGCUAAAUAAUUACUAAGACAAUGACAAUAUAAUGACAAACUCAAAAACAGCCUAAUUUCAGGGUGCUCUCAAGUGUCACUGGAGCCUCUGAAAUAAAUUAAACAAAUCCUAACACAGUAAUUGUACAAAAACUGUAAUUUUGUUUUUAAAAAUAAAACCGUGUGAGUUGUAUGCCUCAUAAUGUACCCUAGUAAUGUAUGUUUUACAUAUUUAAACAAAUAUAGGAACAAUUUUCUUGACAUUGAAACAAUCAAUUUAAAUAUCAAUUUUAUCUGUCGUUAUUUUGUACAUGAUUGAACAACAUGCAAAAGUUAAAGGAGCACUAUAGGGUCAGGAACACAAACAUGUUUUCCUGACCCUAUAUGGCUAAAACCACCAUCUAGCCACCCAGGUCCCCUCAUGCCUCCCUAAAUAUAGUAAAAUCUUACUUGUAUUCAAAUCUGCAGCUGCAUGCUUUGUCCCUCUUUCCUAUAGACCUGCCCACUGCCUGCUGACAUCAGCAGAAGUGGUAGCCUGAUCCAAUCGCAAUGCUUCCCCAUAGGAUUGGCUGAGACUGACAAAGAGGCAGAUCGGGACAGAGCCAGCACAAUUCAAACACAGCCCUGGCCAGUUAGCAUCUCCUCAUAGAGAUGAAUUGAAUCAAUGCAUCUCUACGAGGAACGUUCAGUGUCUGCAUGCAGAGGGAGGAGAUACUGAAUUGUUGGAUGCAUUUUAGAAAAGAGGGACUUAUAAAGCUCUUGGAGCUGCCUGGUUAUAUUACUUGUAUUUCCAUGACCCGGGAAGGAUCUCUAACUUCCAUCUGAGGAGUGGUCAGUGAAGUUAUCACUAAGCUGUAAUGUAAACACUGCUUUUUCUCUGAAAAUACAGUGUUUACAACAAAAAGCCUAAAGGUAAUGAUUCUACUCACCAGAACAAAUUCAAUAAGCUGUAGUUGUUCUGGUGACUACAGUGUCCCUUUAAAAAUCUAUGCUUUAAUUUGACAAGCCUGGUACACUCCCAGUCUGGGAUGUAAAUCAUUUGCUCAAACAUUUCUUUAGCAGUAGAAGUAAAUUAAAGUAGAUUAUUACAAUGCAGGAAGUAAGAAUCCAGGGCAAUUUUCCACACUUGUAUGAUGCCUAUGAGUGUCACUAUAUCAUUUUCAGAGUAUCUUAUUCACUCUUAGGCAGAGACUAAAGGGACAUUAUAGUUACCCAGACAACUUCAGCUUAAUGAAUCGGUUUGGGUUUAUAGACCAAGCCUCUGAAGUUUCACUGCCAUUAAGGGGUUAAAUAAUCACUUUGUUUCUGUUUAUACAAACCUAGCCACACCUCCCCUGGCUGCGAUUCGGACUGCCUGCAUGGAGAAAAAGUAUUUCACAUACAUAGGGGUAAACAGAAAAUGGGAAAAGAAAAAAGAUAAAUCUAAAAUAUUGUAUGAUUGCACUAUUUUUACAUAUGAUCUUAAUAAUUUAUUGCAGUAUAUUAUAUGAAUAUAUAUAUAUAUAUAUAUAUAUAUAUAUAGACUCACAGGAAAGUAGGAUAAUGUCAAUUGCAAAGGCAGGGAGGUUCCUGUGAAAUGAAUCAUGUAAAAAUGUGUUAUUUCAUGCAGUUCUCUUCACAUACAAGAUGGUAAUUUUCUCCAGAGAAAUUUCUCUUUUAUCAAGAAACUCGACUAUCAUGAAAUGCAAGGCAAAUGUAAAGUUGUGUUCUAUUAUUUCUGACAAAAUGAACAGAUUUCAUUCAUGUAUCCAAUGAUAAACAGUUGUCAGCACCUAAUUACUACAGCAACUGGUUUUUAUUUUGUUUUUCCUUGUGUAUUUCUGAUACCAUAAGCACUUUCUGUUUUCUAGACAUUCAAGUCUGGUUGGAGAUGAUAAAGUGAACAAUGUUCAUGAAUGCUUUUCUGCAGAAUAAUUAUAAUUUGUAAGACGUUGUAUACUUUUAUUUAUGUGCGGUAAGUGGAAACAUUAUUACUAAUUUAAUUGCAAACACAUUUUAUUCACAUAUUAGGCACUUUUUGCUAAGUGGAAUUUUUAGCUCACAUUGCCACAAUGCUGUAGUAUUGAUGUUUUAGAUACCCGAGCAAUAAUAAUAAAAUAAUAUUAGGUAAUUAUUAUCACACAACAAUCUGAUCUAGUAGUUAGAGGUAUCUAAAUAGUCUCCUUUUUAAAGUGAAGCUAAAGUCCAUUUGAGAAGUCAGCAUUGUGACGUUAUGCAAAUCAUUAUAAUGAUAUGCUCACAAUUCUACUAACCUGUGCAAAAUUAGUGCCUGUUUCACUACUGUAUAUUAAAUGUAUAAUCCAAAAUCAAUAUCCAUGCAAGAGAAACAUUACCCAUACUAUUUUAAAUAUCCCAAGCAAUCAAUAGAAAAUGAUAGAUGUUGAACAUUGUUUGUUUAAAGGGACACUAUAGUCACCUGAACAAUUAUUGCAUUUGUUCUGGUGAGUAUAAUCAUUCCCUUCAGUCUUUUUGCUGUUAGCACUGUCUUUUCAGAGAAAAUGCAGUGUUUACAUUAGAGCCUAGUGAUAACUUUACUGGCCACUCCUUAGAUGGCUGCUAGAGGUGCUUCCUGGGGCACAUUGUGCAGCACUGCCAUUCAGUGUCUUCUCCAUCUGCAUGCAGACACUGACCUUUCCUCAUAGAGGUGAAUUGAUUCAUUACAUCUAUAGGAGAAGAUGUUGAUUGGCCAGGGCUGUGUUUGACUGAUCUGCCUCCUUCACAUGUUCAGGCAAAUCCUAUGGGAAAGCAUUGUGAUUGGCUCAAAAGAACAACUUCUGAUGAUGUCAGCUAAGCAGGCAGAUCAGGGGCAGAGCCAGCAGCUGCAGCCUUGAACAAAAGUAUGAUUGUACUGUAUUUAGGAGGUAAGAGGGGCCCCAGGUGGGGGGGUGGGGGAGGAGGGGAGGUUGGUGGUUUUAACUCUAUAGGGUCAGGAAUACAUGUUUGUGUUCCUGACCAUAUAGUGUUCCUUUCAAUUGGAAGUAUAUCUACUAAAUUGUAAAAAAUAAAUAAAACAUGUUCAAUAGAGUGUUUCAUUAACAUCAGAAACCAAAUUUUGCAACGCACAUAUUGCUUGCUUUUAAGAAAACUCCUAUCAGUCAAAGCCGUUGCUGGCUGAACAUAAAGCGGUUUGCAUAUUGACUGGUUUUAGCGUAGAAAGUUUUAGAAUCUGUCACAUAGUUUCUAAAUAGUGCAGCAGUAUACUUCCUUACAUCUGGAAUUAAAACCUGCAGGAAUAUUUUACAGCUUGUUUUGAAUUCCGAAAAUAAAAUGUCAGGUUUAACCCGCAGGCUAUGAUCAGAUCCAACAUCCGCCACUGCAUUCCAGCUGAUCUUGUCAAUUAUGUUUACACCAAACUAAAAUAUGUCACACAUUUGAAAAUCUGACACUUGGGGGGUCUGACCUCAAUCUGCAAUGCUGAGAAAAAAAUAAAUUUAGCAGCAUAAUACAGAUGGAAAGUAGCUGCUGUAGAAAGAGAAUUAGAAAACAGAAAAGAAACUGCCAAGAUAAUGAUACAAUACAUAGAUGGAUAGGAAGAAGGUACAUGACUAUAGUUAAAGUUAGUGUUUGGAUUCCUUUACUAUUAGGACAGUUCUGGGUAUGUUUAUACAAAGGACGGGCAGGAGUUAAGUGAUAGAAUUGUGUCUCUUUCUCUCCAGCCCCUCUCCCAAUCUAAAAUGGUGGAUGGUACCCAGGUAUCUAAUGUCUAUUAAACCCAAAGUGAAACUAAAUUUUAUUGAUACAGUAUAAUAUUUAGUUAUUUACUUUUUAUAUGACUUUCAUAUGAUGGAACAUUGGUUGACAAUGGUUUUAAGUUAUCCUUAUUUCUUUUGGACAGAGACAUAUGUGGCAUUGCGUAUUGACGUUUUUUCUUUAAACUAAAUAAAGAAUUAAAAGAAAAGUGAUUUAUUAACAACUAGGUUAAUUUCUCACAUAAGUCUGUCUGAAUGAGUUACCUCAGCAUUCUACUCUACAGGACAGAACACAAAGAUGCAGUGGUAUCAGUCAAACUAGGCAGUAGUGCUAACAAUACAUUGAAACUGUUGGGAUUUUAUGAGCGUUAAAUAGCAUUUUUCCAUUUUUUUUUACCAUAAACCAAUGUGCCUUCUGCAAUGCCUGUAUGAUUCUGAUCAGGCUCCACCCACGUUCCUCUGCAUGAGGACCUCCAGCAUCAGAUUUUCCCCAUAGGAAAGCAGAGAUCCUAAUUUAAGCAAGGCCAUUGCAAUGCAUGCUCAUUAGGUCUCCCCCACCAUAUCACAUUGGCCAGGGAGACCUAAUGCUCAUGCGCGGCAAUGGCCGCACUCGCAUUAGGAUCUCCCCAUACGAGAGCAUUCAUCAAUGCUUUCAUAUGGGGAAAAUCUAAUGCUGGAGGUCCUCAUGCAGAGCAUGAGGACGUCCAGUGUCCGAUAACGUACCAAAGGUCCAUUUUGAUUCCCGAAGUCCUCUCUUGGCUGUCUGAUAGCUGUCUGUUUUACAUUGCAGCACUAAGUGCAAUAAGGACACAGCACCCAGACCACAUCAAUUAGCUGAAGUAGUCUGGAUGCCUACAGUGUCCCUUUAGAGGCAGUCCUACUAUACAGAGGAGAAUCCUGCUUUGUGAUCAUCUUGACCUCAUAGAGAUGAAUUGAUUUAUUCUGCUGGUAAUCUUCAUGCAUAGACUGUUCCCAAACUGUCCAUAUGAAGAGAAUGCUGGAGAACAACAUGCCUUUAUUUUUUUUAAUUGGGUAACAAAAAUAAUAGAUCAGGGUGGUGCAGUAGACAUUGCUUACCUAGAUUUCAGUAAGACUUUUGACACUGUUGCACAUAGAAGGCUUAUCAAUAAACUGCAAUCUUUAAGUUUGGAUUCCAAUAUUGUUGAAUGGGUAAGGCAGUGGUUGAGUGACAGGCAACAGAGGGUUGUAGUCAAAGGAGUAUAUUCAGAGCAUGGGCUUGUCACCAGUGGGGUACCUCAGGGAUCUAUACUUGGACCCAUUCUCUUUAAUGUUUUUAUUAGUAAUAUCGCAGAAGGUCUUGAUGGUAAGGUAUGUCUUUUUGCUGAUGAUACUAAGAUAUGUAACAGGGUUGAUGUUCCAGGAGGGAUAAGCAAACUGGCAAAUGAUUUAGGUAAACUAGAAAAAUGGUCAGAGUUGUGGCAACUGACAUUUAAUGUUGAUAAGUACAAGAUAAUGCAUCUUGGAAGUAAAAAUCCAAGGGCAGAGUACAGAAUAUUUGAUAGUCCUAACCUCAACAUCUGAGGAAAGGGAUUUAGGGGUGAUUAUUUCUGAUGAUUUAAAGGUAGGCAGACAAUGUAACAGAGCAACAGGAAAUGCUAGCAGAAUGCUUAUUUGUAUAAGGAGAGGUAUUAGCAGUAGAAAGAGGGAAGUGGUCAUGCCAUUGUACGCAACAUUAGUGAGACCUCACUUGGAGUAUUGUACGCAGUACUGGAGACUGUAUCUCCAGUAGGAUAUUGAAACUUUAGAGAGAGUUCAAAGAAGGGCUACUAAACUGGUUCAUGGAUUGCAGGAUAAAACUUACAAGGAAAGGAUAAAGGAACUUAACAUAUAUAGCUUGGAGGAAAAUCGAGACAGGGGGGAUAUGAAAGAAACAUUUAAAUACAUAAAGGGAAUCAACACAGUAAAGGAGGAGAUUAUAUUUAAAACAAGAAAAACUACCACAACAAGUGGACAUAGUCCUAAAUUAAAGGGGCAAAGGUUUAAAAUUAAUAUCCGGAAGUAUUACUUUACUGAGAGGGUAGUGGAUGCAUGGAAUAGGCAGUAGGCAGUAAAGGAGUUUAAGAAUGCGUGGGAUAUCCAUAAGGCUAUCCUAACUAUAAGAUAAGGCCAGGGACUAAUGAAAGUAUUUUAAAAAAUUGGGCAGACUAGAUGGGCCAAAUGGUCACAUAUUAUGUUUCUAUGCCUGUUCAGUUAAAGCUCCCAGGAAUAUGAACAUACCAAACAUUGGCUCGUUAUAUUAUUUGCCCUGACACGCCUGUAUUCUUUUUCCUCAUCUACAACCCCUAAAGGGAGCUCUCUUUUGUUGGCUUUUUCUGUAUGUAGUUUAUCACAUUUGUUUGCAGUAAUUUUUUGUUUGUCUCAAAAACAAUUUAUAUUACAUUUUCAACUUUUUUCAAUACUUGAAUCUAUUUGAGGUGAACUUAGUUAUUGUGUUUCACUGUAUUGUGUUUCUACAUUUCCUAUUAUUUAUUAAUAUUAUUGUAUUCUUUCAUAUAUACCUUUAUCUUUUAUGAGUCAUAGUAGUCCAUCUUUCCACCUCUUGUACUUUUGGAAUAUUAUUAUAUUUAUUUACUAUAUCUUUACCCAUGGUUUUAAGAUGUAGUUUUGCUGGUUUCCAGGAGUAUAUUUUGGGUGUGCUUUAGAUAUAAAUACUUUCCAUCUCAAAUGUAUACAUUUGGUUUGUCUGAUCCAUUGGAUAAUAGUGUGAUCUUUCACUAACGGCAUAUAAUUUGGAUUUCUUUUUUGGAAAUUCCUCAUCUUGUUCUUCUUAAAAUUAUUUUGAUCCCUCUUAAUGGUUUUUGAUUUUUAAUGGAUACAGUAUCAUGUAAAGUUUUGUUUUUUCCAUUUGGAUAAGCUAGAAAAUAUUUCAAAUCCAAAACAUAAAACAAAAAAAUUAAAAACAAACAAAGAAACUAACAAAAAACAUUUGCAAAAAUUCUAUGAAAAAGGUUUCCAUUUCAAAGUAAAUAUCAAAGGGAUAUGUAUGCUAACCACCAAAUCAACUUUAACUGAAUUAAGCAGUUUGUAUGUAUAGAUCAUGCAGUCUCAAUUACUUUGUUUAUGGAGCCAUAGCUACGACACCCAUGGCUGAGUAUCCACCCAGCCUCCCUACACACGUCCUGUAAAGAAAGGCUUUAUUUUGAAACUUAUUUUUUUUGUAAGUGUGUUUCAUUUAGAUUUUUUUGUCUCCUGUGCUGUUAAUAGCCGCUAGAGCCUACGGGAGCCUUGAGCGUGAUUAAAGUUCAAUUAACAGAGCAGGAACCAAGAACUUCUAACACAAACACACUGUGCUAUAAGAUCUAUUUGAAAUUAAACCAUUUUUUUUUUGUGGAGGCUGUGUGAAUCUCAAUCAAAGGAGGUGUGGCUAGGGCUGAAUAAACAGAAACAAAACAGAAACAAAAGUAGUUUAUCUCCUAAACAGUAGAAAAAUGUGCAGUGAGACUGUCGGGGCAUGAUCAAUACACCAAAAUUGCUUCAUUAAGCUGAAGUUGUUUUGAUGUCCCUUUAAUAUAAUUUGUUAGUUAGGAAGUCAUGCAAUACUGAGAGUGAUAUCAACAGACUAAUUUAAAAGACAACCCAUCUUCAUUUGUAGCCUGACCAAUAGCCCCCCCCCCAUAUAUAUAUAUAUAUAUAUAUAUUUAUUAAAUUUUUUUGGAAAGAAGCCUACGUUACUGAAUAAACCAUUAGUAUAUAGCAUCCACAUUUCACUUGCAAAGUGGGAAGCAAAGUAUUAGUUCUUUUCAUGAAAGAGUUAAAGAGAUCAUUGAACUUGGAAUCACCAUCACUCUCUGUUCUCUUUAUGAGAGAAGACACUUUUCCCUGGGAGCUUGCUAUUAUUUACCUUGUUGAGCAAAAAAUCUCGGCACCUGCCUAUCCCUGUAAAGCAAUGUGUGAAUUAUUAAAGUCAAAAAAGUUUGAAGAGUGUUAUAGAAGCUAUUCUGAGAGAUUACCGAGGGCUUCUGUUGCUAGGGAAACCACAUUCUUCACAGAAUGUGUCUCGAACAGCUGCUCAUUUGGAACCUUUUGCUGUUAAUUUCAGAUUACAUUACAAUGCUAACAAAAAAGAAUUAAAAUUAAGGAAGGCGUCUUAACUCUUUCAAUCUACUGGAUAAUUCAUUAUAUGGAUACGGUUUUCAUCAUAUUUUUAGCUGGUGUUUUUUGCUUGUUACAGUUUCACUGGCACAGGACUUACACUGAGUGUGAAAAUCUAAAGGGAAUUUUAAGAAACACACAACAUAUACCAUUGUUGGAACUGACUAUUUAUUAAAUCUACUGAGAAAUGAAAUGAUGUUUCCUCUACAACACCUACAAUGUUUAUUCAGUCUUACAAUUGAAUCAUUCUAACUUAAGAGCACAAACCAGAGUUGGAUUACUAUGAGAACAUUCAUCUUCUGGUUGCCCUCUUUGCGUGUAUGCAUUUAGGUGCAAGCAGGUGGGAAAAAAAUAUGAUGAUACUAACACUGAGAACUAUAACAACUGUACAUUAUUGCAAAUGUUACGUUGCGGAAAGUACAAGCACCCAGUCUCCCUAUUGAGAGUUGCUCACAAGGGAAGUGAUUUGUAAAUAAAUAUGUUUGCCCUCAUGAUAGUCAUCUCACUUGUGCAUGUGCGGUGCAUACACUGUACACACACGUUAGAAAGUGGUCUGGAGAUGGAGAUGUGGCUCAGACACAGCUGACGAAUUACACAUAUGGUGGGAUUGCCCUUUGAUCAAAUAUGGCUGGGACAGACUAUUUGUGCACGUCAAUAAACUUUUAGGACUAAAACAGGUGUUGACAGAAGAGAUUGCGAUAUUACUUCUGAAACUACCACCCUUUUCGAAAAGCAAAAGAUGGCUUCUGCUCCAUAUUUUAAUGGCAUUUAAAGGCUCUAUUGACACACACUGGAAAUCAUCUAGAGUCGAACUAUGGCCACAAAUUAAAGGACGGGUCAGAUUUCAGUGUAAAAUAGAAUGCAAAAUUAUGUCAAAUUUUUGUGUCAAUUGAGAAAAAUAUUGCAUCUGGGAUAACUGGAUAAAAGUCCUAGAUAAAACAUCAUAAUUGGGAAGCUGAAACCCAGAGUUGAGUUGAUUUGAGUUUAUAAAGGUCUUCCUUACACGGCCUGGCUUCUUUAUAUUGCCCUAAGGUAAUUUACGUACUGUAAUUAUCUUCACAUUGUAUGUUUACAUGUAUGUCUAAUAUAUGUAUGUAAUUUACGGAUUAAGGAGAGGUUUGACUGUUGCUGACAGUUGAUUGUUUAAAGGAACACCAUAGUCACCCGGACCACUUCAUCUCCAUUAGGUGAUCUGGGUGUACAGUCCCAGUCCUUUUAACCAUGUAAUGAGAAAUUUUGAUGUUUUUAUUGUAUAGUUAAGUUCACAUACAGUUGUUUAUGUUGUCAUGUGCACAGUGCAGAAACCCCAUAGAAAAAUAUUAAUUCUAUGCUAUUCAAUGGGAAAGUUUGAAUGCACAUACAGCAUUCUAUGAGGAGCAUUGGAUUUGACAUUGGCAGAGGAGGCCAUGUCUCCUUUGUGCCAUUGUGGGGGGGUGGAGAGGUAAGCAUCGCUGAGGGAGUCUCAGUCCUGGAAAAAGUAAAUCUUUAUUUUUGACUUAUUUUUACUGCAAACAGGAUAGGGUGGGAGAACCUAUUUAGAGCCAGGGAGAGGGACACUAUAGCGUUAGGAAUGCAGUUUUAAGAUUUUUAAUGUUUUUUUUUUUAUUUGCAUAAUUUUUGAAAGCAUUUUCAAUCCUUGCCUAUUUAAUAAUAAUAAAUGAAUAAUUUUAAGAAUAUUACAGGCUAUAAAUAUUUUAGAAAUAGGCUGCAGUUUUACAAUAUAUCCUAUUUACCCCAUACUGGCCCUCACAUAGCUAUCGUGAUAUCCAUUCAUACGGAGAAUGCUCUAGUGUAGUGCAUGUAAAUUGUAAAAAAGAAUCCCUAUCUAACUCGAUGGCAGAGAGAGAGGUGGAGCAAGUAGCAGACAGCAAAACUGUGAGAUAAACACUGCACUUGAGUUGGGCCUUACAGAAGAUUACUACAGAUAAUCUUCGAAGACUAGUAGUUUACUGUCCCUAUAGGCUCUAAAUGGGAUAAAUAUAGUUAAAUACAUCUUGUCAUUUCUAAUCAAAAUCUUUCCAAGAAAAAUACUUGUCAUAGUUAUGAUAUAAAAAGAUUUUUAAGCAUGACAGGGCUUUUUGUGCCAAAUAAUGAGGAGAUUUGGGAACAGCUCAAAUAGAAAAACUGUUUGUAAAGUAGAAUUUUAUUUCUGCAGAUAAAAUAAAUAAAUAAACUCCACAGAACUUUUAACGACAAUAGACAACGCAAUCACUGCUCAUUGCAAAAAUAAUUUAAAUGUAGAUGUCCCACAUUUUGGGUUAGAACAUGUUAAUUCUUAACAAAUAGGACAUCUAGCCUCACAAAACUUCAGCUGUUGCUAGGUGGCUGACAUUUCCAAGAAAUAUAUAUAAAUAUAGUACCUGUCCUACAACUUCUAUGUCAGCAUAGUCCCCUGAUGUAGUGGAUGAUAAUCAAAAGACAAGCUAUGAAGCCAAGUUCAUUCUUUGAGUAGAAUCUCUAUAAUGUAUAAUUGUCUUCUAAUGUUUGGAACUUUUCAUAUACGGGACCUCACUGGGCUCUUGAAAUAUACAGGAUAUUAUACCUAUAUCUAUAGCAGGGGUUCCCAAUAAUUUUUCCCAUGGAACCCUUUGAUAAAGUGUAUCAACCAUCGUGGAACCCCCUCCCCCCUUUGCCCCCCCUGGAAAAAAAAUACAAAUUGCACCGUUUUUUUGUAUGUUCCGGUGUGUCAAGGUGUGUAUAUCUGUGCUUGUAUGUGUCAGUAUGACACACAGACACACACACACACUGGCACAUAGUGGCACACAGAUACACACACUGACACACAGAUACACACACCUUGACACACAGUGUGUGUGUAUGUAUGCAUGUAUCUGUGUGUCAAAGUGUGUGUAUCUGUGUUUGUAUAUGUCUGUGCAUCAAGGUGUGUGUAUCUGUGUUUGCAUGUGCCAGUGUGUAUGAAUCUGACACACAGAUACACACCCCUUGACACAGUGUAUAUCUCUGUGUGUAUGUAUCUGUGUGUCAAGGUGUGUGUAUCUAUGUUUGAAAGUGUGUGUAACUGUGUUUGUAUGUGCCGGUGUGUGUCAAGGUUUGUAUAUCUGUGUUUGUAUGCGCCACUGUGUGUAUCUCUGUGUCAGUGUGUACCUUUGUGUGUGUCUGUGUAUGUAUAUGUAUCUGACACACAGAUACACACACACACUGGCACACCUUGACACACAGAUAUACACACUGACACACACGUCUUGACUCACAAAUACACACACACACUCAGAUACACACAGUGUGUGAUUCUGUAUCUCAGCUCCCUCGCAUGCCUCUUGGUGAUGCUGGAGCCGGAGGGAUGUCAUAUUCCGGCUCCAGCAUCACUGCAACUUUUGGCGGAACCUGAGGGUUCCGCGGAACACCAAUUGGGAUACGCUGAUCUAUAGACAUGUUCAUCCUGAGACUGGAGAUAGUCCACAUGAGUCUGACUAAAUAUUAAAGGUUUCAUGAUAUACUCACAAAAAAGAUUAAGUCAUCUAAUUUUGUAUCGGAAACUUUUAAAGUUGUCAGUUAUAUACCGUAUAUCUGUUUGAUCACUUCAACUGACAACAUUAUUAUUUUCAAGUAUAGUUUGAAGUAGUGUGAUUAACAUGCAGGUUUUCUAAACUUCUCCUGUUUUAAAUAUCGCGUUAUUGAGAAUAUAGUCAGACAGACUAAAGGAUUACUCCAAGCACAUAACCAUUUCAUUGAUAUGAUCUAGCCAUGGUGCCUAGAGUCUGUAUGUGCAGCAUUUCCAUUUGAAACCCUGCACAUGCCGUGUUUAGCUUCUCUACUACUGGAUAUGCAUCUUCAUAUCUGUGGCAAACCUAGCCACUUGGACAAUAUAAAGAGACUGUGCCUUUAAGGGUUGCCUGUAUGGUCGUGGGGAUAUGUGUGUGCCUAGGUGUAAUGUAUUCUGGCUGUAUAACCUUGUAUUACCUGUAUUGGCUAUCUGCCAAAAGCAGAUAGCUGUAUUCCAUUUUGUUUCACGAACGGCACCUUUGCGGGCUGUUCGUGAACAGAAAUAACCACCCUGUAAUAGCCCACACAUUUAGAGACGUGUGGCGCUUGUUAACCGAUUGCAACAAUGUUGCAGUCGGUAAUUAGAGGCUCUCCUAGGUGGCCGUCGUUCGACUACCGACCACGCGGCGGUCGGCCAUCUUGGAUCCUUUGUUUCCCCAGCGGUGUUUGGUCGUCGAGCGCGUGGUACUAAAAACGGCUACUCGACGGCGCGAACACCGCUGGACUUCCAGGCCGUUCGGUAGUUCCGGGCCGUUCGGUAUUUUAUUCCCCAUAUACCAAUCGGUCUUUUGACUGUAUGUUUUGGGGAAUAUGUUUUUCGUGCGGCGUUCGGUUGUUUUAGCUGGGUUCUGAGCGGUAAUCUCACGAAUGAUGCGCUCAGACCCCAGCUAUCUACCGAACGUCCAUUCGUGCAAAUAGACCUAAUACUCGAAAAGUUAUACAUUUUAAUAUAAAUUGACGGUUCUGCUGCACGGAGGGAUGAUCCACUUAACGGUACAUUCCAGUGGGAGGAUCCCUCUCAUGCAGCAGUGCUUGAUGGGAGAAAUGCUCUGUACUGUAAGUUCCCCACGUAGUCCAUCCCUGGAAUACCCCUGGGAGAGGACUCAGGGAACCCCUUGCAUGGGGAAUUGUGUAAAUUGUGGAGCCUGUUAAUAAAGCCUUCAGUUGACUCCCAGAACUGUGUUUCGUCCGGUUACUGGGGGGAUUUGGGAUAUCGCUUUCUUUUCAGUGCUGUCUGUGGAUUAUUGAGUGUACCAGCGGAAUUCGUGGAUUUAAUACUGCCGAUCCACUACAAUAUCCAACAAAGUUCUGGGAUGGCUAAUUUCGGUUCUGUGCUAAAUUGGCAUCUAAUGGCAGGACAAACAGCAUGGAUGCCAGACAGCCAAUGGCAGCACGAUCCACCUCCAUACCACCACUGUCCUCCCCUCAGUCCUUCCUUCCUGCUUUCCCCCUUCCCUCCUACAAGGAAUGAUAUCGGUUCAGGUGGAUUAGACUGCUGGGAGAACUUGGACUUGGAGCUGGAAGUAGGCAAAUGUUAGCUUUUAUAUAUUUAUUUAUGACCACUGCAGAAAGGUUUUUUAUAACCAAAACCAGUACUUUAUGAAAACACUGUUGUUUGAUUUGUCUAACCCUUUAAAGAACUGCAUAUAUUAAUUCUAAGCUGCUUUCUUUCUCUGGCCAGUGUGAACUGCAUCACAGUAAAAAUCAUUCUCCUGUAUUGCUUAACCUUUUCUUAGUCCUGAGGUUUGUUCCACACUAGUAUAGCUUAUUAGCAAGAAGAUUUAAUGUUGCAGGAAAUUACAGGUUCAGUGUAAGAACAGAAUGUUUUGCAAAAAUGUUUCAUUUAAAUAAAAUCCAUUCAGUGAUUUGUUACAAGCUAAACAAAUGUGAUCAAUUAGAGAAGACAUUGCCGUUUAGAGAUCCGCGAUUACCUGUAAUAGUUGUUUGGCUUAUGCAACGCUAAUAAAUUCCAUACACAGAAUGAAACAGAUAAUGUUUAGACAAAUUCAUCUGAAACUGAUAAAUUCAAACCAACCAACCAAUACACAGCUACAGAAAGGUAAACAGGGCUCAGCUGACAUUUAAUCACUCUAAAAUAACCUUUAACCAUGGAAUUGUAGUGCUCCAAAGGCUCCGGUUGCUACAAUGUAGGAGCGUCCAUUACUGUCGAACUACACGCUGAAUUUCACAAAUAAGAGUGAGUAUACAAACAGUGAAUACACAGCCUUGUUACAAUGCUGCCGCCCAUCCCAUGUGUUCCCUAUUAAGGGUUAAUAAGAAUAUAGGGGUGUAUAUAAAAAAUACCCCUCUUUGUCUCAUUAGAGAUAUUUUUGCCAGAAGCUCAAGGAAGCAGGCCGAAGGGUCAGUGUAGGACCCGCUUAGGGGGGUCUGCCUUGAUGGCAGGCAGGCAUUCCCUCCAAUGGCCAUUGGAGUAACUAAAUGACCUCCAUUUGUCUAAAUAUACAAUGGGAUUAAGGAGAGAGUGCAGGUAACUUUUUCCUUUGGUUUUUACUAUAUAUUGGGGCUGAUGUGUACUGUAGUCAUUGCUGCUGCCCAGUAGUGAUGGGAGUGAGCACAAGGCUUUUCUUUUUGUAUUUGUAUUCACUGUUUGUAUCACAUAACAGUCUUGUUAUGGGUUAAUAAGUAAAUAGGGAUGUACAUUUUUUUCUUUGGUUUUAGCAGUGAAAAUUGUGUUUAUUGUUUGCAGUGAACAGGGCCGCCAUCAGGGGGUGACAACCAUGAUGGUUGUCACGGGCCCAGAGGUCCUGGGGGGCACAGGCCCCACACUUCUCUUUUAAUUCAAGCUAUCAGCGGAUUCGACACAGCGAGGGAGCAUUGAUCCCUCGCUGCGCCGAAUCCAUCAAUAGUCAAAAGAAGUAGCCACGAGAAAUGAGAUUCUAUCACAUUUCCCUACCCUGUAAAAAUGUCCUUACCCAUAGGGAAAUCUGAGAGAACACAAAAGAUCUCCCUGUCUGCUCUUAGAUAUGGUCUCCCUGGUGGCCCAGUGGGCUGCUGGUGUACUCCCUGGUGGUCUGAUGGGCUGCUGGUGUACUCCCUGGUGGUCCGAUGGGCUGCUGGUGUACUCCUUGAUGGUCCGGUGGGCUGCUGGUGGACUCCCUGGUGGUCCAGUGUGUUGUUAGAGCAGCCGCACUACCUUGCGGUUCUGGCACACUGUAAGUGUCAGAGUACAGGCGCUGGGUUCGAGCCUGCGCUCUAACAUCAUCGCAGAGCGCCAGAACCACAACACACUGGACCAUCAGGGAGUCCACCAGCAGCCCACCGGACCACCAGAGAGUCCACCAGCAGCCCACUGGGCCACCAGGGACUCACUGAACCUCCAUGGAAUUAAUUAUUGCCCCCACGGCCUGCACAGGAGGUAGCACGACGGGGGAAAGAUACAUAUAUAUACAUAUAUAAAUAACAGUUAAUAUAAAUAUAGCACUCCAGAGGCUUUGAAAUGUGGUGAAAAUAACUUAGCUUUUAUUCAACAUCUGGCACAGUGGAUCAACGUUUCAGUUCUCUAAUGGAACUUUCGUCAGGAUAUAUACUAUAUAUAUAUCCUAUAUAUACUAAAGAAUAUAUAUGUAUAUACUAAAAAUACACCACCCCUCUCUCUGUCACAAAACCUAUAACAUUCUCUUAACCCAGUCACACUAACCCUCCUAACUCUGUCACACUAACCCUCUCUAACCAUGUCACACUAACCCCCCUAACCCUUAACACUAACCCCCCUAACACUGUCACUCUAACCCUGUCACACAAACCCCCUAUAACCCUGUCACACUAACCCCCUAACCCUGUCACACUAACCCCCUAGCCCUGUCACACUAACCCAUUUUACCAUGUCACAUUAACCCCUUCUAAUACUGUCUCACUAACCCUUCUAACCCUGUCACAGAAAUCCCCUCUAAUCCUGUCAAACUAACCCUGUCACACUAACCCCAUCACCCUAACCCCCUUACCCUGUCACCCUAACCCCCCUUACCCUGUCACCCUAAUAUGCCACACUAACCCUGUCACUCUAACCUCUCACACUAACCCUGUCACACCAACACCCUCCCACAGUCACUUACCACUUGUCACACUGUCACACUUACCCACCGCCAACACUCACACUCACCUCGCCCCCCCCCCCACCCUGUCAUGCUAACUCGGUAACUUUGGCAUGUUCAACCACCCUGAUACCUACUACCCAAAUCCUAUCACACUUACCCAAUGAUGUAUCUGUGUGUAUCUGUGUAUGUAUCUGUCUGUCAGUGUGUGUGUGUGUAUAUCUGUGCAUGUGUCCAUGUGUGUAUCUGUGUAUUUGCAUGUGUGUUGGUAUGUAUGUCUGUGUAUCAGUGUGUAUGUAUGUGUGUGGCAGUUUAUACACCACACACAAAUGAAUGCCUGCAUUCAAAAUCCAAUAUUUACACAAGCAUACUCCAUACAAAAGCAUGCUUACAUUCAAACACACAAACAUUGCUCAGUGCUAAACACAACACUGCAAGCAUGGGCAAAUUGUAGAUCCCCAGCUAGCAAAGCAUUGUGGGACUUGUACGACAGAUGGAGAUCUACAUUUUGUCCACCUUUAUGCUAGAGGGUGUGCCAAAAAAAAAAUCUUGCACCUGGGACAUCUCUAUGUUAUUUCCAGCACUGCCCCUGCAGGCACUCUGCAACUUGAAUUGUGAAAACAGUACCCAGUGCCUUUAGUUUUCAGAAGCUCUCUCCAACUCUUGGGAGCCCCCAGCUGUCAGAGUGUUGCUGCAAGUUAUGCCAAAUAGACUGGUCUUGCAAGAGUUGGAGAGAGGAGCUACAGGAAACUGAAGAUCAUGUUGGCUGUGCCCCCUCUUCACUGCACAGCACCUGGCAUCCUGCACAAUGCCAGAGGAUCACCAGGGAGUGUAAUUUUCCCCCUCCCUGGCCACAUAUGUGAGAUAUUUAGGGAGGAAUAACAUUAAUAAAUUAAUGAUAAAAAUUAAAAAAUACUUUCCCCCACACACUGAAUCCUCUACACCAUGGAUGCCAACAAGGUAGAUGUUUUAAAAACUACAGCUUCCAUGAUUUUUUUGUCAUUCUAAAGGCAUGUAAAGCAUCAUGGGAGUUGUAGUUCUAUCUAGGGAUCUACCUUUUGGACACCCCUGCUCUACAUAAAUACAUCCACGACACAAAAACACUGUGCAUGCACGCACACACUCUGCAUCCACUGUACACACACACACACAUUGCAUCUUUGUGGGCAGAUUUGGGGGCGGGCACUGUGGGCAAACUCGGCAGUGAACGCCAGGAUCCCAGACCUUUAGUAGUGUUAGGGGCCCCAAAAUGUCUGAUGGCAGCCCUGGCAGUGAAUAUGAUGUGAUGUUAUUCCACACCACCCCAUCUAGAUAGGAGAGAAGGAAGAGAUAACAGUUAGGUAUGUACUUGAGGGAAAGAGGGAAGGGUAGUGUAAGAGCAAAGGAAGAAGAAGGGAAAAGCGUUGCCUAAAAUUGACAACUUAGCCCAGUAGAUUAUUUUCUCCCUGAAAAUUAAUAAUCUCAUAUACAGUACAUUCUAACAGACUGCAGAUACAGAAUGCAAUAAAAACUGCACGUACUUACGCCAGUGACAUCCAGAUUCUCCUCCCCUGAUCUCUCCCCCGCUGUCUUAGAAUGUAUCACCAGUUGUCUUUCUUUCAUCUUUGAUUGGAUGUCCUUCUGCUUUAUGAAACUUAAUCUCUGAAACCAAACUUUAUGUUUUUUUAUUGGGGCAUUUGCAUGUUACGAUGAAUAAUUUAUCAUUUUCAUUGGUAUAUGUAUUGUUCUCUUUAUAUAGUAAACUUCUGGAUAUUUAUUACAACUGCAGUAACUUUUCCUGAUUAUAGCAAUAUAUACUAAUCAUUAAGUGCACACUGACUGCUAACUGUGAAUUUUACAUCCUACAAGACUUAAUAACUCAGAAUGAAUAAAAUAAGAAUAUUAAUUGCCAUGGAUUUCCUGUAUCAUUCUAAAAUAUGAGUAAUGUAUCAUCUUUUAUGAAUAUAGUGUUUAACAUUUACUUAAAAUAGUGUUUCCUGAUUUGUAGACUUGGUAAUGUAUACGGAAAAGGGCAAACUACCAUUUUGUGACCUUUCAUUGGUUUGUUUGAAGUGCUAAUAUCAUCCGUCCAUAGAGGAAUUAGUAAAAUCUCUACUCUAAAUAGCUUCAAAUUGUCAUAUCACAGGGGACGUGAAUUUGGCAAUUAUAGUAUCUGUGCUUAAAGUACAGUGACUUUCACACAGCUACUGUGAAACUCAAAAUGGCAAUGCUAUAUGAAUAAUUAUACUAUGUAAAUAUGGCAGGAUUCAAUCAUUGCGUCUUGAUUUCAAUGAGAAAAAAGUACAUUACUACAUAUUUCAUUUUUUUCUGGCACAUAUGUAACCAGGACGAGGAUUUAAUACAGAGUAUGUCAUGUUCCUGGUUUUCAUGUUGUCUAUUUAACAAGUCACAGAUUUGUCAUUCUCUGGCACUGGAAGAUUCAAGUCAUGUUGACAGAGAAAUAAUCCUGAAUAUAUUUUCAAUAUACAGAAUACUGCAAAAUAAAAUUAUCUCUCGAUCUUAUGCCUGCAGCUUGUUUAAUGGAGCAAUAUAGUGCCAGGAAAACAAACUCAUUUUCCUGGCACUAUAGGGUUAUUAGGUUCCACCCUCCCACUGGGCUGAAGGUGUUAAAACCCCUUUAGUCACUUACCAUAAUCCAGCGCUGGGCUCCCUCAGUGCUGGUGAUCUCUCCUCCCCCUGCCGACGUCAGCUGCUGAGUGGACCAGAACCGCGCGUGCAUUCAAACUGCCUAUAAGAAAACAUUACUCAUCAGGGUUAAAACUAGGAGGACCUGGCAGUCAUUCGCACGCAUUCAAACCACCCAUAGGAAAGCAUUACUCAUCAGGGUUAAAACUAGGGGGACCUGGCACUCAGACCACUUCAUUGAGCUGAAGUGGUCUGGGUGCCUAUAGUUGUCCUUUAAGUCUAUUUCACCUAUGCGUGGUAGCAUAGAUACUUUAUAUGGUCAUUCAUUUGCUACUCUCAUUUUAAAAGCACUUUUUAUAAUGCACUUUACAAGGAAGUGUACAUUUAAAAACAGUAAUAACUAAUUUAGCUGACAUGUUGGUUUUAGACAGCAGAUGGGAGAUGACUAUAGGAUUGCCAAAACUUGUUGUAUUAAGUUUCCUUAUCUCCCAAGAGGUCUCUCUGUAUCUACAAAUAUUGGCAGUGCACCCAUUCUAAGACUUUAAGAGUAUGUGGGCUGAUUACCAACUAAUCUGAAAGUAUUCUUCACAAUGUAGAGAUUGGAAGUCAUUGAGCUUAACAGUAAAGCAAUAAAUCAGUUUUAAAGACUUAAGAUAUUGUCAUGGUUAACUAUAACAUGGCACGGAGAACUUAAGAAUACAAUUAUAAAUAUAUGAAGAAAGAUUGAAGCAUAUACAGGUCCUUAGAGUGGCCAGACAUAGAAUAGUACAACACUGGUCAAGGUCAGAGAGACACAAAGUAGUGUAUAUGCUGGAACAAGCCAAAGGUCAGGGGCAAUAGAUAGGAGAAUAGUUCAAAAUAAGCGAAGGUCAGAAAAUCCAAAGAUACUACGAGAAAAAACAUACUCUCGGAUAAACAUUUAAUGGAAACCAUGAACAGGCACUGUACUUUUGCUAAAAUGGUUUAUAUAGUUUUAAGAGCGCAGCUAAUGGUCAGUUUGCACCAUGUGAUACCAGAAGGCGCAGAAGCGUGGCCAGUGUGCCGACUUUUGCGCAUCCACAUUGUCAACCUGGUCUGAGGAGACAGAGCCUUUAAAACAGCCUAGCAUGCAGCAGCUGACAUCGGACAGGAUGCCAGAAGGAGGAGUGGCUGCAUUGAAGACGGAUGGAAUCGGCACUUGCGCGGAUACAUCGUCAUACCCACUAUUACAAAACUUCUAUAUCAUUAAAUAAUUAGUGGAUAAAAUGAAAAUGUAAGAAAUUAUACUUUUUUUCCAUGUGAUGUGCUUUGAUGAGAUGUGUUGAAAACCAAUACAAGAACAACAAACAUAAGUAUAUCCAGUACAAUUUAACAUUAAUAUUAGGAUAAAGGGAGCGCCAAUAUGGCUUAAAUGCAUGACCGAGGAGAAUAGUUGUAAUACAGAGAUUCUAUAGUGUUCAUUGGCUUAGAGUCUUUUACAAUAUUGAGUGUCAUUACAUCUGGCAAGCAUAUGCCAUCAGCCUAAUUACCACUAGCCCGAAUUAAACUUGAACUGAGUCUGAGCUAUUAACUUAGUUGCUACAAUGUUUGCUGCCUUUAGUUAUUACAUAAUUUUACACUCAGUGGCACAUAUUUAGCAGCCUAAAUUCAUAGUGGCAUAGGUUCAACAAGAUGCAAAGUGGCAUGGGUUCAACAAGAUGGGGUGAACAAUCUUGCAGAUUCUGGUUGACAUGAUAUCACAACCUAAUGCUGAGAAUGUAUCAGACACACAUUCAUUGUCAUUAAUAAUCUCCCUUUCUAUCACAUACCAAACAUGAUCUGUUGCACUGGGAGGCCACUGAACUCAUCGUUCCUGGAACCAGAUCUGAGAUGACAUGUUCUUUGUGACAUGGCACUUUAUCCUGAUGGAAGCAACCAUUAGAAAAUGUGUAGCCUAAGAAUUGCAUUUGUAUUGCUACCUCAUUAAACGUGCCUUACCUUUAAUACAAGUGUCAACUCAUGUGCAGCACAUUCGUGCCAAGUUCAGAUGUAGGGCCAAGUCAUCAGUGAUAUUAUUGCAAACUCCUCUAAACUUGCUAACUGGACUUGUUAGAGCUUUCAGCAAAUUGCUGCAUUCAGGUGUGCCCAUUAGGCAAUAAGAAAAUGCCCUCAUUUCAUAUGUAAAACUUAGUAUUAAAGAAAACAAAUUUGAUGUUAUUAAUGAACAUAAACUAUUACAUAUUUGAUGGAAAAUACCUUUUUCCUGUGAAUUACAGAGGGAGUAUCCAUCUUUAAGCCCUCUUUGGUCGAAAGCACCACCUAUCUGACCAAAGGUCAUGCAAAAUUUAUGGUUGACAAUGACUCCGAACAUAUUUUUGAUAUGCCUGAUUCUCAUGCAUAAUAUUAUGAUUUCUAAAUAUAAACUAGCACCGGCAGUUACCUGUAUUGACUUUUGCACUUCUGAUCGGGGAAUUGCCACAUGAAGUAAGAAGAAGUCAACAUAUGCACUUAAAAAAAUCAUUUAUGCUGGUAAAUUAGUAUGAAUUGUUCAUGUCUACAUUUUAACGCUGAUGAUGUAUGCUAAAGCAUGGUCCAUUUUGACCAAGUCCUGUGCAUUUUUCCCUAAAUCCAUUAUUUAUUAAGUUGCCACUGGAAUAAUAAAUAUAUCGAAUAAUUAUAUUGUAAAUUGUCAUGCCUGGGUUUACAAUAUAAUCAGAAAGAAAAAGUAUAUAUUCGAUUGUUUUGAUGAGUAUGCCUCUGUUGAAAAAAGGCAAAAUGUAUGCUAGAAUUGAAGGAUAUAUCAUAGGUAGGUGAAUAUAUGAAAUAUAGACUAUCUGUAAAGUACACAGAUGUUUUUGCCACAUUUUCCCUCUUUCAGCAUCUAUAAAUGAGCAUUCUACCAUUAAUAUUGCUACAUUGUAGAUGUAACCAUUUUGUUCUGUUUUAUCCUACUUUCUGUAAAAAGCACUUCAUCAUCAGCAGUUUGGACUCUUACAGAAAAAUCCAUUUUAUGCCAUGCUUUCUUCAUCAAAUAUAAAAGCUAGUAUACAUAUUUAAAAAGAAAACUGUAAAUCAAGAAGCCAAUUAGAACACAAAGUGAGAUACAGGCUAGAAAGUAUGAAGUCCUCUGUGUAAGAAAGAAAAAUUACAAUUACAAAACAUAUUAACACAUAUUAAAAACUGCAGAGCCAGUAUUUCAUAAAAUACAUUAUUUGGGCUAUAUUUUCUUAUUUUAGCUGUCAGAUCUCCUUCAUGAGUCAGUUAUUAUUUGACUUUAUCAUUUUAACCUUGUCAAAGUCCUGAAAAUGGUAAUUAUGCCCGAUCCUCAUGAAAAAAAAAAGUUAAAUUAUAAAAAAGGACGUACUUUUUCAUUUCCUAUCAUUUUCUGAACUUCAUUUGUUAGUACUCAAUUUCCUGGAUUCAUAAUGUUCAGUGAAAUCAUCCCAGCUGUUAAAACUGAUAGCACAGUCAGAAAGACCUAAUAGGAGAUUGGAAGAUUGAAGAAAAUCUUUGAAGGAGGAAGAAAAGAUAAGUCUUUCAUGUUUGUAUGAACUCUCCUCAAGUUGUCAAGGCUAAAAAAGAAAGACAAUGUAGACACAAUGUGCAGAGUCCGACAGAGCGGAUUUGUUUUUGGUUUGAAAGGAGAAAGAUAACGCACUUUAAAGAAUGUGCAUUAAUUUCAUUGAACCCCCAGUUUAUUGUUAAUUUGGCGAUCAAUACUCAUGAUCGAUGCUCGUUAUAGCUGCUGAUUAUUUUACAUAAUUAUGAUAAAAGUAUUUGCAUAUGUUUGUAGAAGUCAAAGAAACCAAUUGCAUAAACAUAAAUCUGAUAAUUUACUAUUUUAUUUUAGAAGAUCAAAAUAAAUAUAUAAUGUUUCAUACUAUAAAUUUCAGUUUAUAAAAUUCAAUAAAAACAAAUUGAAUCUCUAAACAUAUAACUUCAUUUUUCUUCUCCUUGCAUAGGUUUAUAUUGCACAGAGCUCUCCUUUUACCCUUGCUUAAUUUGUACAGUGAUUUAUAUAUUUAUUUAAAAAAAAAAAACUUAUUAUGUACCAUAAAAGCAGCUUCAUUCAUAAGAAAGUACUUUUUAAAGUGGCAUUUUUGUGCCCCAUAAGUCUAUUCAUUAGGGAUUUAAAUUCCAGCCUGUAGUGUCCCUUUAACAAUAUAUAACAAAAUAACAAUGUUUUUGUAUAAAGUUUUCCAGAUGUAAAAUCAUAUAUAUCUUUAUCACUCAAAUAAUUUUAGGCAUACAUAUUAUUAUAGUAUAUAUCUUAAAACUGUGAGGAAAUUAUCAUUAUCUAAAACAUUUUGUUGAUUGUUUAAAUUUCCAACAUAACACCAACCACCAAGCCAUCACACUACAACGGUGUCUUUCUAAGGUCUACCGAGUUCAAGUUGUGUAUAUAUAAGUUUUCAUUACAUGCAAACAGCACUGUGACAAGUCAUCACUUUUAAAGACUGUUACACUAUUCAUACAGUAAUGUUCUAUGCAGUGAGAUUUAUAAAUGUUUGUCCUGUUGUGUCAACUUGUUUAAAGCCAUGAAAAAUAAAUUGUGAGAAAUAUUCUGUCACGCAAACCCCUUUUCUCCCAAAGGAUUAACUAGAAGGUACAGUAACAUGACAAAUGUAUUAGAGAUGUUCAUACCAAUCUGACAGUGAAAAGUGUUCUGUCUCCAACCCUAUUCGACGAUGCUAGCAUGUAUCAAAUCUUGGAGACAUCUGUGAAUUUAUAUGAGGGACAUAUUUAAUGAUAAUGAUUGUUAUUUGUGCUGUAAUGAAUUAUUUGAAUUUUGCAUUAAGUUGUAUAUCAACAGAGACCAGAAAAUGCAUUAUAUAUAGAGAGAGAAAGUCUCAUCUUUUUAAAUAAUGAUCUUCUAACCAUGAGUUAUCUAUGUCUACAUUUUAGAUGUAUGUUAAAAACAAAGUCCUAGUUACAGAGGCAGUGAUAUACAUGUUGUAAAACAGGCAAAAAUCAUGGGGCUAAAAAGCUGAGGUUCAGUGAGUCAGAUUUAUUGGAUAAUACAGAAUACAAAGACAUUAUUCAAGGAAAAUAAUUGGAAUUUGGCCAAGAGUCUAAAUAUAACAUUGAAGUGUUACUUUGUUAGUUUAAACAUAGGGCCCCACCACAAUUGCUUUAAAUAAAUUGCAUACCUUUAAUCCAAUGAUAAAACCAUCUUCUCACGACAGCUCCACUCUGCCUCCGGGAGAUCAUCUUUACUGAUGAUCUCCCAGCUAAUGCAAUGAUUCUCGUAGAGAUACAUUCUAUGAGGAGCCCUUCAUUCUGCUUUAAUUGAGUGCUCAAAGCAAGUGAGGAAGGUAACCCUUCCAUCUGUAUGCUUGACAGUUGGAGGAAGUGCCUACAAGGUGCAUUGAUUGAACUGUUGAUUCCUCUUGAAAUGUACACUUUUAUAAAAUAAGACUAAGGAACCCCUAAAUAAUUUCAGCAAGCAUUAUUUGUAAACAAAUAAUCUCACUAAUUUUCCACCACCAUUAAGACAAGGGUUUAUUCACUAAUUACCAAACUCUUGUGAAUUGAAAACUAGACGUGUGCUCUGCAAGAUCAUUUGAAUGAGUGGAACCAUUUUUCUCAAAAAAUAAAAAGUUUUUUCGGGUCACCUGAAUUUCAGCCAAAUGUCAUUUAUUUCGGCUCUGUAGAAUUUAGUUACUGAAAAACUGAUUCAGGAACCGCAUUAAAUGAACCAAAAGCAUGCAAUAAGUGACCUUUUAACUUACUGCAAAAUAUAUCAAUAAUAUUAUGUAUAUAUUCUCAUUACACUGAUCUUUAUUAAUAUAGUAUAUAUGUAUUAGUGAAUUUCAAAUGUAAGUCCAAAGUAACUUAACUGAAAUAUAGUUAAUGUAGGCCUUGUUUCCAGUUUGACUACUCGGACCUUACACUUGACAUUCACUUUGAAGCUGUCUUCUGUUCUCACUUUAGUAAAUAACUUUGUGACUUUCCACUAUCCAUCAAUAAUCUUUCUUUUCCAUCAAUCAUCUCUUGCUUUGGCUGAACUCAGAAUGGCGAUUCGAAAGGACAUGCUUGGACAUUGCACGUUUCAUCUGGUUUGUGAUUUGAUUACAUUUCCGCCUUGAGUUUGAGAAUUUCGGGCCAAAUUCAGAUGAAUUGCAGUUUGUACCAAAACAAAUCUCCAAGUCUUUUGAAAACUGAAUGGCAAAAUUGUGGCCAAAAUGGCAAAGUUGUUACUAAAGCCGAGUUUCAGAAUUCUAAAUAAAAAAAUAAGCUAGUUUCCCUAAAUUUUUCAAUUAUGUUUUCAGAUCACUACAAUUCAAUGUACACUGAAUAAACCCCAAGGAAUCGACUCAGCUCUCAUUCAGUCAAUAUUUAUUUUAGAAAUCUAAAUGGGCUGCAACAAAAUAGGGCAUAAUAAAUAUUUUGCCUCCUUUAUUCCAGAAAGUACUUGUGAAAUCUUUGCAAAAUGUUUGGAAGAUUAAUAUGUGAUGUACACACAAAUAUAAAAUACAAAUACAAAUAGCAUCUAACUUUAUUUGUUGUAUUUAAACAUCUUUUUAAUCUCAGAAUGUGAAAAAUACAUUUUGUGCUUCAACAUUAUAUCCUUUUAUAUUGGUUUCUGGUAAUGAAAAAAGCCAGACUUGAUGCGAUGACUUGCCUAUAACAUGUUUUUCAUUGGGAUAGAACUAGUGCAUAAGAUACUUUUUGCAUUACACUGUAAUACACCUGCAUUAAAAUCAGAAUGAUGGUGUAGCAACACAUUUACGUGCUUUGGGUAAUAUAUCUACUAUCCGUUAUGUCAACUUGCAAGAGGCAUUUAGAGCUGUUUGUAAUUGCUGAAUAGAAUUGAUUUUUUCACAACAUUAAACAGGUUGCCUAUGCUUUGAUGACUUGGAUAGACCUUCAUAGGAAAUGGGCUGAUCCCAAGUAACUGUCUGCGGCAGUUUUAAAGUCUACACCUUUGACCUUUUGUCCGUUUAGUGAUAGGUUUAUUAUACGCAUGUUUUGAUUGAUUUUUCUAUGAAUUAAUUAAAAUAAAUAAAUGCUAAACGUGACCUCAAAUAGCACUAGCUGAUUGGAACUGUAACAUGUCUUUGCCCAAAUGCAAAAAUCUUGGGGCUCAUCCGAAAUGAAAACUUUGUGAACCUUACACUAAUAGAGAGGUGGGUUAUAUCAUGAUACAGCAAUACCUCUUUAGAUUACAUUAUAUACACUCAUUCUAAUACCAUUGUGUUGCUGAUGCUCUCUGGGGAUCUCAAAAACAGUUGGAAACAAACACAUAUUGCACAGUCAGGUAUGUAAUGCAAUCUCACCAUGCUACGUAACUAAUAGAGGGGUGAGCAGCAAAGUUAUUUUCCCCGACAUUCUCUCCCAAACUGGGAGGCACCACCCAUUCUCCUAAGUACCCUAGGAGAGCACUAUACUACUAAUUUUUCUUUUUUUUCAUAGGCGGCUGUUCUAAGAAGCAGCUGCCUGAUGUAAAUUAUAAACAAAAAACCUCAGAUAUAUUCCUCCCCCUCACAUCCUGAGUUUUAGCCCACAAAAGUAGUCCCCUAACAAUGAAUGUGCAUCUCUGAGUUGCUAAAUACUAAGUACAACGUAAUGUGUGGCCCUGUUCUGCUGACUCAGUGUGUCAGCAGAGUAAUAGACUAUAUUUUCAGCCGUUCUUAAAGCAUCACCUUAAGGUGAUAUCUUUUUGGCAAAAUAAAAUAUAUUUCUAGCACUAAUUGUUGAAAUUACCAUGUAUCAUUGAAGUUGUGUCUUUCAAUAUAUCAUGUGUUAUUUGUCUCUACUUGUUGUAGUGUAGUCUGAGAAAUGAAAUUGUUGUCUGUGCACUUUUGUCCACUGAGCUGACUUCUAGCGUUGUGGACCUCUGGAGAGAGAAAGAUACAACAGGGGAUAAUCACCAAAGGUUGAAAAUGUUCUGACACAUCCAUUCUCUGUGUAUGGACACUUGGGAGCUGUUGAUAUAGCCAAAGACUUAAGUUAUGUUAUGGGUGAACCCAUAACCCACUCAGAAUUUCAAACCUUAUUGGCAUGAGGUAUGGAUCAAAGAACAGUGAUGUGAUCAAAGUGACUGACAUAGCUUAGAACCGACUGUGCUGCAUUCUGCAGAAACUGGAGGAUUCUGACAAGUACACAGGGAUGAACUACCUAAAGUGCACCCCCCAUAGUCUAGACUUGUUGAGAAAAAACAAGACACGUACAAGAGCUCGUCUAUUGUAAAUAAUUCAGAACUUAAAGUAGGUGAAAAUUUUAUAAGAUUAAUCAAAUAUGCAGGGGAAACAACAUGAGCAUAAUUUAUAAUUUAUUGUGCAUCUUUUUACUGCAAGUAAAAUAGGUUAUUUUUUUUAUUACGCUAGAAUGGAAUAAUAAAAAAAAAAAAACAACAUAUUUUUUAUUAAGAAAAACGACAAGAAAGAAUGGAGAGGGAGGUCUAAUCCCCUAAGGGGGGGGGAGGGGGUAGGAGACUACCCUGACCAUUCAAAAGAUACCUCCUACUAUAAAAUCACAUAAAUUAGGGUAUAUAACCUUUAUUGAAGUAUAUAUACAAAUUAUUAUUAUUAUACAAAUACUGCCAAAUGUAUCUAAUGGCAGUAGAAAAGAGAAAAUGUCCCUUUAUGGUUACAGGGAGAGCACAAUGUAGGGGAGGUGUAUAGAAAGAGAUAGGUAAGAAGAUGACUGUAUAAAUGGAUAAAGAGGUACAUAAAGGGGUAGAGACCUAAAGAAAAAAAAUAUAUAUAAGAUAGAAAUAUAGUUCUGGAUUAUAUAUAUAGGUCGCCUAAGACACCCCUUUAUAGCACUGUUCCAACUAAACCUACACCAUACGUCUAAAUGCUGCUUGAAAGGCAGCCUAUCUAAAUCCCCUUAAUAGCUAGAAUGAGCCAACAUAGUCUCUUAGGGACAUCUCCAGAUUAGAAAAAAUAAGUAAAAGACAUAAAGCUAAAGUCUACUAAAGCUGGAGUCUCAAAAUGUGUGAUUUUCCAGCUAAAGCCUGCCUGGAAAGAUCGUAAAUAGCUUCGGCUGCAACCAAAAUCUCAGGUAAGCGUAGAUAGCAUCAGCUAUUGCUGUCUAAACUCGAAACAAAAGAUUAGCAUCGGCUACAACUGUCUACAGAGUAUAUAGAAAGCAAUAGCUACAACUAAAACCUUAAAUCAAAUGGUUGGCGUCCGCUAAAGCUAUCUAAACUCGACGCGCGUUUCGGCAUUUUCAAGCACGCCUUUAUCAAGAGCUCUUUAGGUUUAGUUGGAACAGUGCUAUAAAGGGGUGUCUUAGGCUACCUAUAUAUAUAAUCCAGAACUAUAUUUCUAUCUUAUAUAUUUUUUUUUCUUUAGGUCUCUACCCCUUUAUGUACCUCUUUAUCCAUUUAUGCUGUCAUCUUCUUACCUAUCUCUAUCUAUACACCUCCCCUACAUUGUGCUCUCCCUGUAACCAUAUAGGGACAUUUAGUCCAUCCUUUUCUCUUUUCUACUGCCAUUAGAUACAUUUGGCAGUAUUUGUAUAAUAAUAAUUUUUAUAUAUACUUCAAUAAAGGUUAUAUACCCUAAUUUAUGUGAUUUUAUAGUAGGAGGUAUCUUUUGAAUGGUCAGGGUAGUCUCCUCCCCCCUCUCUUAGGGGAUUAGACCUCCCUCUCCAUUCUUUCUUGUCGUUUUUCUUAGUUAAUUGGGGUUAAGCCCCUAUUACCUCCUGUAACCUUCUCCCUUGAGGGAAUAGUGGGGGGUUUGUCUACCUCCACUACUCCUUCUUUCGCUCAGUUCGUAUUUUUUAUUAAAUACUAAACUUUGUUGCAAAGUUAUGGGUUACAAAGGACAAAGACUUGAGUUUAUGUAUAAUUCUCUUGAUAGGAAUAAUUACUCUUGUGAAAUUUUGAGACUUAUAUAAAUAAUUGUGUGAGCUAUGAAAUGAGUGUGGUCCGCGUGGUCAUAUCUUUCCUUGCUUAAGAAGGUUUUACAUAUAAGAACAGGAAGGGAUAAGAGGUAUUUUUGUAUUCUCACAUGGCAAUUUCAGAUGUAUGAGUAAGCCUAGCUUAGACAUAUAUUGUAUGUACAAAAAAGCUUUAACUAUGAUCAUAUAACUUUUUGUUAUAAACAAUUAGCAAUUAUGUAUUUAUUGGCAUCAACAAUUGGAUAAAAAAACACUUUCAUCUACAACCACUUACUGUCUCAUUAGAGAUUUUGCAUUUUAGCUGAAAGAAGCAAGAUGAUUUGUUAGUGUAGGACUCACCUAAGAGUCUUGCCUUGACGUGUCAGGUGAGAUUGCACAUUAAUGGCCAUUGUAGUGAUACUAAAAACCCUCCCAUUAUUUAAAUGUGCAUAGGAAUUUGGGAUAGUACGCAAGUAACUUUUGUCUUCAAUAAUUAGUAAUAUAUAUUACUUGAGUGCAUAUUUUAUAACUAGCAAUCAUGAAUUAAUCAUUAGGAAAUGGACAGUAAUUUUUCAUGAUUCAUAUAAAAAUGCAAGCUAGUUAUUAAUAAAACUGAACAUUACAGAAAUGGCAGAUUCUAUAAAUAUUUUAUCUUCAUGAACAUGUAAUAAUUUCAACGAAUAAAUUGUUUAAUUGACCCUGACAGAUCAUCAAGUGUCAUCGUCUCUUUAGCCCAUGUCUAUAAUGCACAAAUAGUUUUACUAUGGAUCAGAUUAAGUGUUCGUCAUAGUGAUGCAAAUGGGGUCAUCUUUUCUUGCUCAUUUCAGUUACAGAUGCAAUGUCUCAGUAACAUAAAUAAACUGUUAGCAGGUAACUUGCAGAGUUUUCUAUAAUUAUCUGACUGCAUUAAAAUAGUAUUAGGCUAAUUCUACAACACGUCAAUAUGUAAGCAGUAUGGCCAUUAAAAAAAAAAAACACUUUUAUUCUUACGGCAAAAUUAUAUUUUUACAGUAUCGAGGGAGCUGAUGAGUAUGGUAUUCAAUAUGUGCACUCAUUAAAUUUAUAUAUUUUUUGUAUUCCAAUGAGACAGGGUAAUCGUGUAAUUGCAUAGAGAAUGUUAAAAUUAAUAAGAGCUAUACUAAAACUAUUAGACUGCAAUGUCCAUUCUAAAUGUGCUUAGCACCGAACUGCACAACCUGCGGUGAGAAUGUGUCACCAGGGACCCUGUUGUGCUCUGCUGCUCUUUAAAUGUGCCCCUUAAAUAGAGCCUGACACUACCUCCCAACUAGAACUUAGCAGCAUUGGGGGAGAAGGCAGAGAGAUGGGGAACAUGGACUCAAAAAAGCCUCUGACUCCAACAGCCUCAGCCAGAGCAGGACAACAGGGAGGCCAUGCUCCUGCAUCCAAAAGUAGGAAACUGAAAGGUGGCUAAAAAAAAGUGUCAAAUUUGACUUGAGUGUGUUUCAGUGUUGCUAUCUUUUUUGUCUGUAUCUGUAUGUGUGUCAGUGUGUAUCUGUGUGUCUGCAUGUAUGUCAGUGUUUAUAUGUAUGUGUCUGUGUAUCUGCAUGCUUGUCAGUGUGUGUAUCUGUAUGUCUGUAUAUCUGCAUGUGUGUCAGUGUUUGUAUCUGUGUAUCUGCAUGUGUCCGUGUGUGCAGGGCCGGCCUUAGGCCUUCAGGCGCCCUGUGCGAAAAAUCUUAACAGCGCCCCCUCCCCCCCCGCGCCAUCCAUGUGUAUAGGGGAUUUAUUAAAUGAAAAGUUAACAAUUAACAAAUAUUUAUCACCUCUUCCCUGUCAUUACCUUGCAUGGAGGGAGGGCAUGCUGAUCUCUGGUGAUCAGAGCUUUCCUGUGGUAAUCCGCGGCAACGUUCUGAUUGGCCGGAACUCGGAAGACAGCUACAUUUAUCAUGUGUGUGUCAGACGUGAUUGUGUGAUGUGUUCUCUGUGUGCCAUAUUUGUAAUGGGUGUAUUGACUGUGUCUGAUAUGUGUGUGUAUUGACCGUGUGUGAUUUUUGUUCACUAUAGCAGUAGAUAGGGGGAGCAGGGGCACUGGGGUAGAUGUGGGAGCAAUGCACUAUAGCAGUAGAUAAGGGGAGCAGUGUCACUAGGGUAGACAGGGAACAAUGGCAAUAUAGGGGGAGCAUGGGCACAAUAGGGAUGGAUAAGGAGCAUGGGCACUAUAGGGGUAGAUGGAGGGAUCAGGUACACUAUAGGGGUAAAUGGGGAAGCACUAUAGGGGUAGAUGGGGAGCAGGGGUGCUAUAGUGGUAGAUCGAGGAGCAGGGGCACUAUAGAGGUAGAUAGGGGGAACUAUAGAGAUAGAUGGGGAACAUGGGUACUAUAGGAGUAGAGGGGGCACUAUAGGAGUAGAGGGGGCACUAUAGGGGUAGAGGGGGGCACUAUAGGGAUAGAUGGGGAACAGGUGUACUAUAGGGGGAGCAGGGGCACUAUAGGGGUAGAGGGGGAACAGGGGUACUAUAGUGGGAGCAGGGGCACUGUAGGGAUAGAUGGGAACAGGGGUACUAUAGGUGUAGAUGGGGGCACUAUAGGGAUAGAUGGGGAACAGGGGUACUAUAGUGGGAGCAGGGGCACUGUAGGGAUAGAUGGGAACAGGGGUACUAUAAGGGGAGCAGGGGCACUAUAGGUGUAGAUGGGGGCACUAUAGGGAUAGAUGGGGAACAGGGGUACUAUAAGGGGAGCAGGGGCACUAUAGGUGUAGAUGGGGGCACUAUAGGGGUAGAGGGGGCACUAUAGGUAUAUAUGGGGAACAGGGGUACUAUAGGGGUAGAGGGGGCACUAUAGGGAACAGGGGUACUAUAGGGGUAGAGGGGGGUCACUUUAGUGGUAGAGGGGGAACAGGGUUACUAUAGGGGUAGAGGGGGGCCCUAUAGGGAUAGGGGGCACUAUAGGGAAUGGGGGGGUUACUAUAAGAGUAGAGGGGGCACUAUAGGGAUAGAUGGGGAACAGGGUUACUAUAGGGGUAAAGGGUGCACUAUAGGGGAAGAGGGGGGCACUAUAGGGAUAGAUGGGGAACAGGGUUACUAUAGGGGUAGAGGGUGCACUAUAGGGGAAGAGGGGGGCACUAUAGGGAUAGAUGGGGAACAGGGUUACUAUAGGGGUAGAGGGGGGCACUAUAGAGAUAGAUGGGGAACAGGAUUACUAUAGGGGAAGAGGGGGGCACUAUAGAGAUAGAUGGGGAACAGGAUUACUAUAGGGGAAGAGGGGGGCACUAUAGGGAUAGAUGGGGAACAGGGGUACUAUAGGGGAAGAGGGGGGCACUAUAGGGAUAGAUGGGGAACAGGGUUACUAUAGGGGUAGAGGGGGGCACUAUAGGGAUAGAUGGGGAACAGGGUUACGAUAGGGAAGAGGGGGCACUAUAGGGGAAGAGGGGGGCACUAUAGGGAUAGAUGGGGAACAGGGGUACUAUAGGGGUAGAGGGUGCACUAUAGGGAUAGAUGGGGAACAGGGUUACUAUAGGGGUAGAGGGGGGGCACUAUAGAGAUAGAUGGGGAACAGGAUUACUAUAGGGGAAGAGGGGGGCACUAUAGGGAUAGAUGGGGAACAGGGGUACUAUAGGGGGAGCAGGGGCACUAUGGUCUCACUUACCAGGCAGCAGAUUCAGGCCUCGGUUAGCUCCGCCCCCGCCGACCACUUGGCUCCGCCCCCAUCGGCUGCUUGGCUCCGCCUCCUACAGUCUCUUUCGCUGCUAAGCCCUGGUAGAGGGCAGGGGGUGUGCAAGCUGUCAGCCAUAGGGCCCCCCCUGCUGCCAUGGCGCCCUGUGCGGCCGCACAGCUCGCACACCCCUAAGGCCGGCCCUGCGUGUGUGUAUAUAUCUGUGUGUGUGUAUUUCAGUGUAUGUAUCAAUGUGUCUGUGUAUCUGCAUGUGUGUCAGUGUGUGAAUCUGUGACCUGUAUAACUGCAUGUGUGUCAGUGUGAAUAUUUGUGUCUGUGUAUCUGCAUGUGUCAUUGAGUGUAUCCAUAUGUCUGCAUGUGUGUCAAUGUGUGUAUCUGUGUGUAUAUGUGUAUCAGUGUGUGUGUGUAGCAGUGCAUGUGUAUAUGUGCAUACAUCUCAGUAUUCAAAUGCCAACAAAAAUACACCUCUGUAUUAAAACAUUAACAUUACAUAUAAACACACCCAAUCAUUCAAAAACCACUACACACAUGAACUGCAUUUCCCAUUAUCCCAGUCAGCACAUUUAUAACAUCUACAGUGCAGAGGCUACCCAUCACUUGUCUAAAUACAGGACUAUCGAAGGACGCUGUUUUAGUAUCAUCCACAAAUGUCGGCUAAAGGCUAUGAUGAAUUGUUCCAGAGAAGACAGGUGGCAUCGCCUGCAAAGGAGAGAUUUCUUUGUGCAGCAGAUCUUUGUUGGUCGUAAAGAACAUGAUAAUUCUAACAGUGUGUGUGAAGUUGCUGAGAUAGAAUACAAGUGGUUAUCUUUACAGUUCCAACUCUCCGGAUUACUCAUAAAAUCUAUGCACAAAGAGGUAACACUUUGCGUAUUUUCACUGGACGAAACACAGCUCAAUUUUUUUUAAACAGAGACUCGUAAUGUUAUGUAAGGUAUCCUUUAUUAUCUCUCACAUCCACAGAGAAUGACUAAUUUGUCUAACAUAAUCCUGCACCUAAAUCAUGCCGUUGUUAUUGUAAUAGAUAAUAAGCCAAAUAGAUUUUCAGAAGCCACAUAGUAUCUUUUAUAUACCUAGCUUAUACUACAGAAAUGUUCUCCUAUUAUUCUGAGCACAUUGUACGAGUAUGCAAAAAGAAUAUUAAGAAGUAUUUAUAUUUCAUUUUGAAAACGGAAACAUUUUGAAAACGAGUGGUGGCCUUGCUACACCGGAUGUCUAUUCAGUAAUGAAUCAGAUGUUAGUUCAGAUGUACUAUUUGAAAAAAAUGAUUGUUGGUACUCUAAUAUUUAGAUGUAUUAAAUGAACCUGUUUUUAAAUGGUCCCAUAAGUGUCUUUGAUUAUUCAACUAAAAUAUUUAUUUUGAGCAUAGAUGUAUGAAGGGAGCAUUUUAAAAAGAACUCGAGAACUUGAGGAUUAUGGUGCAAACGCCAUUUUUAGAUGGACCUAGUAAUCAUAGACAGUGUGAUUGAUAAGUCACAUACCUGAAGAUAGUCUUCUCCUUCAAACCACUAGAAAUGGGCAGAGUUGUGUGGAGACACUGCCCCAGGUAGCACCUGUAGCAGACAUCUGAAAAAUGGCCAGUGGAGUUAUCGCUAGACUGUAAUGUAAACAUGGGCUAUUCUCUGAAAAGACAGUGUUUACUACAAAAAGCCUAAAGGGAAUGAUUUUACUCACCAGAACAAAUACAAUAAGCUAUAGUUGUUCUGGUCACUAUAAUGUCCUUUUAAACAAAGUGAAACUUCUGAAUUAUACAUUUGUUAUUUACAGGAGUGAAAAUUGUCAGAAAUUCUGAUAGAAUUUUAACUUCAAGGCCAAAGUAGCUGAGAUGUAAUCGUAGCUGACUUGGAGAUUUUUUCUUGUAUUUUGGUCUUAAAUGUCAAAUUGACUUUGAAUUCCCUUUGAACCUCCAACAAUUCUAACUUUGGUGAAAAUCCAUGUGUAUAUUUUCUAGUAUACAACAUAUUUAAAUAAAUAAAUUUAAAAGGGAAAAAAAAUUACAAGAACAUACAAGAAACAGCAGUAAAUGGAGAGAUGGCUGCCUAAUUGACAUGUUUUGAUCUGGAUUUAUAUUAAGAUUUCACAAGGGCUUAUGAAGACUGGAUGGACUUACAAUAGCUGUACAUCUAACUUUCCAAACCAUUUCUUCUCAACUUCUCAUUUUCUUAUGUGAUCUCUCACCCAUGCACUAUAGAACGAAUAAAGACUUGCCUCCAUGCAUGGUCCACAGUUCCAUUUUUUUAUGAUUAGCUCUAUUGAAAAACAAAGAUGAAAUUGACAAAAUCUACACUGUAGGUGUGCACGAAGAGUGACUUGGGAGCCAUUGUAAUAAAUUAUUUCAUAAAGUGUGUAAAAAAAGAUCUCAGUUUUAACGCUUAGGACUAGAAAAUAAAUAUAUUUAAUAUACACGCUAGCUUAUUAUCUUGAAGUCAUUAAUAUGCAUCGCUGGUAGGUUCAUUUCUAAAACUUACACAAACCUCAAUUAUUUUCCAAGGGUAACUAUGGAUUUAAUUUGAUAGAUAAAAUUGUCUUUUAGGUACUUAGCACACUGGGCACGAUCACGAUUCUCUUAUGAAUUAAACUUGGUCUGCAAAUAUCUGCAGUGAAAUUCUCUUCAUAAUAGUUACUCUGCAGAGGAGGAUCGUUUGUGAAAAGUAGGCAUUAUGUAAAUUUUAAAUGCUAUUUUUAAAUGUCUUCAACACAAUUUCAACAUUUGAUGACUUGCUAUCCUCACAUUUAAUAGGAUGUGUCAGAAAAUGAAAAAGAAUAGAAAUUAUUAUGUUUAGUCUGAUUUAUUUUAGAGCAUACAUAUACAGUACAGCUAUAUACAGUCAUAAAAUUUCCCAUGCAUUACAAUGCUCUUGUGUAAGAUAAUCAGUAAUAGCGACAAAAAAAUACUGUAUAUUGAUGACAUUUUUUUUCUUUAUCUAGUAAGUGCUCCUCUAUGUGUAUUUAGAUUGCAAUCACAAGUCUUUUUGAAAUUAAAAGAGAGUUGCAAGAGGCAGUAAAAUACCUGGCUUUUUAUAUUGUAUGGGAUUGCUUUGCUAGAAACAGUUUUGGAUUGUAGAUUUAUGUCAAUAUUGUAAACCAGGACAUCACUUGCAAUUGGUCUUCUUCAUACUGAUCCUGGGAACUUGCAAGAUUUACCUUUAUAGAGCUUGCAUUAUGUUAAUAUAUACACUACAGGGACACUGCAGGCACUGUAAAUGCUUCAUCUUAUUGGGCCCCUGGCACCAUCUUUCCUUUUAGUGUUAAACCAUGUGUAGUGUUUUAAUGCUAUACUGGAGUGCCCAACAGCACAUCCCCUCUCUGCUGAUCAGGCUAAUGAGGAAGCAUUAGCUAGAGCAGCAAUGGACAGUAGUGAUGUCGCGAACCAUUCGCCAACUUGCCGCGAACGGUUCGCCCCGAACCGUUUGCGGCAAACUCCGGUCAGCUGACACAUCCCUGCCAAUCUCCGGCAUACCCUCCCUCCCAGACCCUCCCACUUCCUGGACAGCAUCCAUGUUGAAGGCAGAUUCAACAUGGAUGCUGUCCAGGAGGUGGGAGGGUCUGGGAGGGAGGGUCUGCCGGAGAUUGGCAGGGAUGUGUCAGCUGACUGGAGUUUGCCGCGAACCGUGGUGAACCGUUCGCGGCAAGUUCGCGACAUCACUAAUGGACAGCUGUGAUUGGUUGAGAGUGUCACCUGACUGCUUUUAACCUAUCACCAGGCUCACUGCAAGUAUAAAUUAGGAUGCCAAAAAUUAGGUGUGUAAUAUCUGCCGUAGCCACACCUUCAAUAGGGGCCGGCCUGUGGGUUGUCAGGAGUCCUUAUUUAGUGUUAAAUUGUGUAAAAACAGUUUAGCACUGAAUGCAAAGACAGUUCCAGGGGACUCCUGGUACCAUAAUCAAUUCAAUGAGAUGAAAUGGUUAAAGUGCCCACAAUGUCCCUUUAAGAAAAUACGAUAUUGAUAUUGGCCUAAAAUCUCAUAUUUUUCUUGGUACAAAAUAUUACCAUAUAGAGAUUACAAUCCCCCAUGUAUUAUAUAUAGUUUGAUUUUUCUACAAUUUUUUUCCAAACGCAGAGCUAUAAUUUAUUUUUUUGCUGCAUAAAAAGUGCAUCUGUCCCAAAACUACAGACAGACACAAAAGCUGUGUCCCAGCCAACUGCCCUCAUUUUAACUUCAUUAAAUGCUUGCUAUAAUAAAAUAACCCAUUAUCAAAUUAACCUUAAUGAAGAAUGGAGAUAAUGAACCAUUAAUUAGCAUGCCAAUUUAAAUAGAAACUAGCAUAAAAAUGAAGUAAUUUAUGAUUUAUUGCUUUCUUCAGCUCAAUUCUUAAAUCCAUUACUCACUUCUUGUCUUGGUUACAUGGUCUUAAAACACAGUAAUUAUUCUGUUAAGUUUAAUGCAUGAGGGGAAUGAAAAGGAUGACAUUUUUAAGCAGGAAGCACAUCUGCAAAAUGGUUUUAUCUAAUGUACAUAGCAUCCCUGCUGUCAGGGCUUCACAAAAAGAAAAAAGUUUUUUUUUAUGUGCUGUCAUGAUUCAUGGAGGUAUAUUGAGUUGCCUUAGAUUAGAGUCAAAUUCCCAAUAUAUAACAAAGCUACAAGAGUGAGAUAUUAUAUGUGGAGAAGGAACCUAGUAAAACCAUUCCUAUUCCUCCAUUGGUUACAGGAGAAUAAAAGUAGAUUUAAACAUGAUUUGUGACAUUUACCUAAGUUUCUGACUUUUUUAUUUCCAUGUUGCAAAAGAAAGUGCCCCUUUCUAGACCAGAUGAUUCAUUUUUAGUCUAAUAGUCCAGUUGUGGCUCACCUGUACCCACUGCUUCAGUUUUAUGUUCUUGGCUGACAGGAGUGGAAUCAUGUGUGGUCUUCUGCUGUAGUCCAUCCAUAUCAACACCCAAUGUGUUGUUUGUUUAGUGACAUUUCAGUUAUGGAUUCCUUAUUGUCUGAACCAGUCUGUCCAUUCACUAUAGACCACUAUGUGUUGAAACCUCAGGAGAUAAGCAGUUUCUGAGAUACUCAAAUCACCUGUUUAGCACCAAUACAUCAAUAUACAUUCAAUGGUAAAAAUCAAUUAGAUCACAUACACACAUACAUACAUUUAUAGAUAUAUAAAUACAUUCAAUAACCACCGGCAUAGAUUUAAGAUGCAUUUUUUUUUUAACUCUACUAGAUUUGAAAAAUAAAAUCAAGAGUUCUAUUAAAGCUGUGAACAUUUCAGUAGGUUUGUUUUUAGUAACCAUAUGUGUGAUUAGAAAUUAUUCACAUUUUACUUAAGCCAAUAUAUUGGAAUAACCAUAUGAAAUAUUUUAUAUCAAUUGUGUGACUUAAUUUAAAGACUUUAAGUAUCUGAAUAAAAUGGGCUCUAGGAAAAGAAUUUCAUUAAAAUAUCAGAAUUUGCAUAAAGUAUAAAGGAUUAAAGAUUAGAAUUAGGCUAUAAAUGUUAAUUUAUAACAACGUUUGUAGAUUAACUCUAUCUCUGUCACUUUACCUGUUUUGAAUACUGUAUCUGUGUAUUCCCCUUAUUUGUCCCAGGUAGAUCUCCGUAGUGUUUUAGUUGGGGACCCUUUUCUCAUUGUAGGGAGUGCUACAUCACCUGGGUUAGAUUGAUAUUUCUCUCCCAGUGCUGCUAUACACAGAGAAAAAAUUCAAGACUAUUUAGUUCAUUAUUCUCAAGAAAUGUUAAAUACUUCAUCAAAAUCUCCUUUAUUGAGUAAGUUAUUAUUGGUAGUAUUAGCAUUUAUAUAACACCAACAAGUGUCACAGUGAUAUUAAAUUUAGAUAAUGGGAUACGUGACAAGUAAAUAAAAAGAAAUAUUGAAAGAGAGUAGAGGUUACAAUCUGGGAGGAACACAAGGAACAUAUGCUGAAAAACAACAUGUCGGAGGGGAGGAACAUUAAAAGCACAGAAGAAGCCUACUUAGUUAUAAUCCAAAUUCACAGAAGUGGGAUGAAGACAGGUAUAAGUAGCCAUUUCUUUCUGAGAAACAAAACAAUAUACACAAGAUGGACAAAUGCUAAUUAAUCAGACAGUAGAUUACCUUGGCAUUAAAUAUUGAAAAAGGAGAAGCCCCUUAGCACCCCAUAAAUGGGCAUAAAGCAACAAAUACAACAGUCUGCACCUAAUAACAAGCAGGUAAUAGAUUUCUGCAGAAAACCUUAACGAAGUCCAGGGGACACAGUCCAAAAUUGUCAAUUUUUACCAUAUGAUCUUGCUUCUUACAGAGCCUGAACCUUUUUUCCUUGGGUACAUAUAAAAUAAAAGAAAGACAAGAGCCAAUGGUGCAAUAUUUUUUAAUAAAUGAAAAGACUCAACAAAAAUGUGUGAAUGCCCACUCACAUGAUAUACAGCUUCAAAGAAGCUCCUAUCGCAAUGGCAUAUAUUGGCAUAAUCCCCACUUACGAAUGAGUGUCUUAUGUGUUACUCUAUUGAUUUUCAGUGACGGAUAUGCAAUAACAAAAGAAUUAAAAGAAAUAGUGUGAUAUUGUAAGUUUAAAGUGAGUAAAAUAAAAAUUAGGAAAUACACUCACAAAAGAGUAGCUUACAUGUCAAGCUCAAGAUAUCAAACAGGACGUGCCUCAAGAAUGUAUAUUUGCCACAGUUCUUCAGCAGCACAGAUGUUAAAUAGAAAAGAAAAAAACACAAUAUAGUUCUCACGUAAUAAACUCACAUUUAUUUGAGCAGUUGAAUGCUGCUCAAUGUUGAUAAUUAAUGCACCACUGGUUCAUUUCUCACUGAGUACCCAGAAAUAAUGUGUUUGAUUAAUGCAUGUAAAAUAAUUCCUGAAGAAAUAGCAUCUGGUAAUAUGAAAAAAGAUUUAUUUUGAAAAAAGAUUUAUUUUAUACAUUACACGUAAUCCAUCAACCUUGUGCCCAAAAUAAGGGUAGGGGCUAAGUCUUUAUCAACUGACUUUCCAAAGUCACCGAGUGUUCUGACAAUAUUAUUAGUUCCCUGUUUUAUCAGCACGAUACUCAUGGAGAAUGCUUCAUGGGUUUUUUUUUAUUCUUUUAGAUCAACAACAACAGGACUACAAAGAAUGUUGAAGUUGAUGUACAUUAUAAUCUAACAUACCUUUUUUUAACUUGUACUUGUGUAUGUUAUCUUCUAUAAAAACUAAGUGUAAACAUUUGUUAUCCCAUUAAACUACAAAUAUAAGCAAAUAAAAAAACAACAUUUUAUUGAUUGUAAGGUUAACAAGAUUAAAUGUUUGUGAAUUACUGUUAAGUGGACUCACGGGAACAAAACAAGAAUGUCACAAUUGUUUCUUCUACAAUAUAUUUUCUAUUUUCUUCAGUCUUUAUUGGAAUUAGGAAAUAUUUUACUACAAGUUAUUUCAAGACAAGAAAAAUAAAACAUUUUCUAUUACUUGCAAUAAAAAAAUGUAUCAGCAUACCAAUUUUCAUUUUAAUUUGAUAUCCAAUAUUUGAAUACACAAGAAAACAAGAUAAAUAUGUUUUUAUUGAUAUGUGUGCAGUUUAGAACUCCUUUGAGUAAAAUGAUGCUCAGUAACACGGAACAACCUCCUCUGGGCUGUAGGGUAAAAAUAAUUAGUGUACUGCAUGAUAUGCUUAUUGCACCUUAUUUGAAAUAAGAUUGCCCUGAGGAGAUCCAUAAAGAGCAACAAGUGCUCCCACCUUAAUAACCAAUCUUUUCCUUUCUUCUUCAAUAUGGAUUAUUGCCACUGAAUGUGGGAUCAGCAAUCAGUGCUUCACACAGUGACCUAAGGGAUGGUAAAAUAUUGCAGAAUGGGACAUACGAUGAUAGGCAAGGUGCUCACUUUUUGACAUAUUUUUGAUUAUGAUCAAAUGUUCCCUGAAGCGUAUCUUUCAAGUGCAGUAAAUAAUUGAUUGAUCGGCCUAACAGAUUUCAGGUUUGCAAUUUUAAAAAGAUAAGUUUAAUUUAAAACAUAAUUAUACCGUAGACUUUAGCUAUUACCUUGGCUAAGUUUCUUUAAAAGAAGGUUAAGUAAAGCACACUCUUUAGCUGUUUGAGUGUAUUAACACACCAUAUUAUAAUGCAGAUGGUCAAAAGUAUAUGGACACCUGCAUAUCCAAUACCUCAUUCCAAAAAUAAGGAUUACAGGUAUGUAUUUAUUUGAAGUGGUCACUGAUUGGUUUUAUCCUCUGCCCUUCUGGGAAGACUUUCAAUAAUGAGAAUUCUUUUGUUAGAUGAAUAUGUUUUUUUUUUAUCUAUAAGACAUAUCAAGUGGUUGACCAUUGCUAUUGUUAGAUUAGGUCAGGCUCACAUUGAGAAGUACAUUAUUUCUCAUAAGUUGUCAUUGAGAUUUGAGGUUAUAUAUCAUUUAACUUGUAUAUAAUCUAUAAUGAUAGUGUGUAAACAUUUUGCACUUUUAUUAUGUACUUGUAUCUUUGAUUAUUGGAUUGGAGUCAAAUUAACCAUGAUACAUUGCCCAAAUCAGUAUUCCUUCUACACCAAACAUUACAGUUGGCACAAUGUAGUCAGAUAGGUCAUAUUCUCCUGGUACCUGCCAAAUAUAUAUUCAAUUAUCAUAUGGACACACAUGAUACAGUUUGCAUAUUCAACCUGGGACUCAAACAAUGCAGAAAUAAAACAACAGGCUUGUGCAUUGGAUUUCUUUGAAGAUUUCUCUAAGAACCCUUCUCCAACCCAUGGAACAAGUAGAAAAAUAGACAAGAAGAAUGUAUACUGUUUGAAUAAAGUUUAAAUUAGACUGAAUAUCACUUAGAUAACAUAAAUGCUAUGUCCUUCAGCAUCUCUCUUUAACCUAGAUUGAGCCUUCCAUAUUGAUGUAUGGAGAAGAGUUAUCUGUAAACCCUCUCUUUAACACUAAAAUAUUGCAGUUGGGACACUAACCACUAAGGCAGCUCUUAAUGCCAUAAAGGUGGGCAGUUUGGUUUAUCAUUGCCUUACUAACACUGGCCUUUUUAACGCCUUUGUUUAUUUGUAUAACUUUAUAGAAAAUUUAAUCAUUUUUAAGUUUGGUCUAUAAUUCUAAAUAAAGUGUAACACAGUGAAAAAUAAAAUUACUAGAAUUACACCAGCAGGCCUAUGUUUAUUUUAUGAGGGAUAGUUAAUGGAAAAAAUGUAAUGUACUGUGCUUUGAUGCUGUAGCUGAAUUAUAAGCUGAAUACUCAUUGACAUUCAGAAUACUUUAUUAUAAUUCUAACCGAAUGUGACAUUUAAUUGGGAACGGCCUUUUAAAUGUUUACAUCUGAGGACAUCUGCCAGUAAUGUAGCUAAUAUGGCAUUUUGUAAAUGCUGCAGUUUUGCAAAUAAGAUGAAAAAAAAAUCAAGUUUUUUUCUUGAAUCCUACUGAUGUAAAUUUUCAUUAUUUAACAUACUAAAUAUAACAUAUCCUGUGAGGGUAUGCUAGCUGCACAGAGGUUUUGCAAAAAAUGAACACAAACUGUAUAUCUAUCAUAGAAUAUCAAGGUCAGUUCGCAUAGGCGCAACUACUGCUGCCCAGAAUUACUAAGCUGUUUAUGUAUUAAAUAGGGAAUUUUAGUCAAUUGAAUAGCAAACAGGAAAAUUUAAAAAGUGCUGAUUUAGAAAGAUUUUACUUCUUCAAACGUUUGACUAAUUUAACUUCUCGUAAUUAACCAAUUUGUUUUUUAAAAUAACUGCAAUUCUCUGUUAGAGUAAUUUAUCCCUGGAUGCCAUCAAUACUAACAAAACAAGGUUUUUCUUUGCAAAAAAAAAAAAGGGUAUGCUAAAACAUUAACAAAAUUCAUUUAAAAGACAGUAGACUCUCUUCAUCUCUUCAUGCUGCUUAUCUCGGACUUGUUUACAUGCUUGUUUCAAUUAUAUACAGACACGUUGGUAAUUGGUAAAAUGACUGUCUCUAUUUUUCAGAAUAACCAACAGGUUUUAUGCUACAAAAUUAAUGCUCAACAACUGGUAAAUAUUGGCUGCCAUAGCUGUCUGUUUCUCUUGUCCCCAUUCAUUAAAGUGCCAAUUACAAGAGAAAUAAGUACCUUUGUGAAAUAAUUUGGGAACAACCACAGCUGUCCUGCUUCUCUCUGCUUAAUGAUCAUUCUGGAGGAAGUGAGAGCUACCAUAGAGAAGCAUUAGUCAAUGCUUCUCGUGACAAGUAUCCUGCUAGGCAAUUACCGCAUAUAAUACUUGCAUUCAUGGCAAUGGACCAGCAUGCACCAUUUUUUUCUAAACAGGACAUUAUUUCCUUUGUACAGUGUUUUGAAUUAUAUUGGUGCUCUAUACAUAAUAUUGUCUGGAGGUCACCUGUCCAAUCAGAUUAUUGUAUAUACUUACUUUAAUACAAUAACACGUGGACAGGUGAUCUAAGUAGACUUGCAAAUGGCGAAAUUUGGUCAUAUGUUGGUUCAGUUUGGCAGAAUUUUGAAACUAGAAAAUUGAUUUGGGAACCGAUUUGGAUGAACCAAUAUUAUGUAUAUACUUUGCAGUAAACUGAUAGUAACAUUUCUCCACCACCACUUUGAACCAACAGAGGGAGAAACAGGUGUAGCAGUAAAAUAAAUAAAUAGAUUAAAAAAUAUAUAGGUAUAUAUACCUAUAAACAUAUAUAAAUGCAGAUUUAUUUUCACUGUUCCGAUUUUUUAUCUCUCUUGCUCACUUUUCACUUGAUCUUGAUUAAAAUCAACAUUUAUUGACAUUAGGUACAUUCCUGUUCGGAGUUCGGGAAUUCAACAAAUCACCCAAUUGGCUCAUAUUUGUCCAAAUUGCAUUUUGAACCAAAACAAAUCUGCAAGUGUAAUUGGCAGAAAAAGCUUUCUUCAAGUUAUUCCAGUAGUAGCACAGCCGAAGCUGACUGUAAAAUAAAUUCGUUCUUGAGGUUAGAUUAUUUGAUGUAAAGCAGUUUAAUGGUUGUGAUUUAAAUGUGAAUCUAUUAAAACAGAGUGAUAUUAACAUAUCAAUUCACAAUGUCCUAAAAAUGCACACACUUUCAAAAGCAACUCUUAUCACCUUAUCAUCCUGUUAACUAAAUAAAAAUUAGAGAAGAUCUACUAAAUAUUACUGUGUAUGGACGAAAGGAUAAAUCUGUAUGUAGUGUUAAAUAAAAAAAUAAAAAAAAAGAAAUAUAUGAUAUAUUGCUAAAACACUAUAGGACACAUUUAGACACUUUAUCAACAAAUUUGAAUGUUAGAGUAAUAGUUUGAGAAUGGACACCUAAGGAGUUCUUAUACUUGUUUUUUUUGGGGGGUUUGGCCAUUGUUAUGUAGAUAUUUAUGCACUCCCAUAAUGUCAAGUGUAGUUUUGCACAGUGUGUAGCUCUUGACUCUGCAUAUGAGGAAUGUACAAAUGUGCAUAUACACAGUGCAGAUACCAUAAAUACAAUAUAUAUCUGUAUACCAAGGCACUAACGUAUUUAUGCUAUUGUGCAAAUGAGACAACACAAAUAUGCACUAACUUGAAGCAAAUGAAAAAUAGCUGUUUGCAGUACUGCUGAAAUGAGCUUAAUCCACGGUAUGUAGAAAGUUAUCAAAAUAUGUAUAAUAACUUUUAACACCUUUGCAAAAAAGCAUGGUGUGUGGACCAUUCUUUCAUUUGGUUUUAGGAGGAAGGAAUGUGCUAGUGCAGUGUUUUAGAAGAAUAGUUCUGGAAUCAGACUCCGGCCAUCAUUUUAGUAGAUUUUAGAAGUCCGUACCUCGCAACAUUUCCAAUGGACAAAGAGGGACACUCUCAUUUCAGCGGUGUGAAUAGGGAUAUGGCAAGGGUCAGGCUGUACUGAGAAAUCAUAGGCAACCUACUAAUAACAAUUUAACCCCUUAAGGACACAUGACAUGUGUGACAUGUCAUGAUUCCCUUUUAUUCCAGUAGUUUGGUCCUUAAGGGGUUAAACAACUAAUAUUUAAUUACAAAAAAAAAACAAUAAUAUAUUUUAUUUACACAGACUGAUUUCUAAACACAUAUUUUGUAUACUAAAGACAGAUUAUUGUGAGUAUUGUUUUUGUGGAGCUCUGCUAUACAUUUAGUCACACCAACAAGAUAAAGGUCCUAAAAAUGUGGGACAUUAACCCCUUAAGGACCAAACUUCUGGAAUAAAAGGGAAUCAUGACAUGUCACACAUGUCAUGUGUCCUUAAGGGGUUAAGAUAGAAAAGAGGGACAGAGGGGUUUAGACCAAAAAUGGGGACAGUUCAUCCUAAAUAGGGACAGUUGAGAUGUUUGGAACAACUGAUAUUGUUAUAUAUGCCCCGUGUUCCAACUUUGCACUUAUUAGUUUUCCUUGAAAAAAAACUGCUCGAGACAGGUUAUUAAACUUUGAAAGAAUCUUAAAUAUUACUACAUAUUUGGGUGCAUUAUAUAUGUUGUUAUAAUAGAUAUGAACAAACUGGCCUAUUUAGUAAAUACAAUACUUCUUUUAAAUGAAUAAAUGCUGGUUCCAUAUGAAAGUUACUUGAAUGUUAAAGCAGCACUAUCACAUAUGUGUUCUUUGUACUUUUUGUGGAAAGUAGAACAGAUAGAAAUAUAUACUUAUAUUAAGCUGUACAUUAUUGGUGUCUCCGUCUUCUCAACACCAUAUUUCUUUUUGACUACUGUUGACUUUAUCUGUUUUAUAACUAAUGUACAAAAUGGUGUCUAUCCCACCAGACCACAGGAUAUUCCAUAGUUAAUCUUGCAAAUAAUCACUAAAGUUCAUAUGAUGAUGCCUGUUCCCAUGCGCCAUCCCAACCAAUCACGUAAAUGGUGACAUAAACUUUGCCUUUUGCCAAACAUUGCCAAAGGAGGUAGUAGUCCUUCUUUGUCUAAUGUAUAUGUGUUUAUUGUGUUGGGAUUUCAACGACAUUCUAGUAAGUCAAAACAACUUUUCAAUAAAGUUUUUUUUUUGUGUGAAAUGUUCAAUAGUGAAAUAGUUGCAUUAAAGUUAUUUUGUCCGCCCUAAAUGUGUAUUAUCUGUUUACUUUCAGGUACUGAUGUAUAUGAAAUAAAUUAUUUAUAUCUCUAAGCAACUUUAGUUUGAAAUUAGAAACAUCAUCAAGACAGAAUACAAAGAAUAAUUUUAUUGCAUUAAGUAGAAAGUGGAAUUUUUUUUUAUCUAGAGCCUUAUGCUAAGAAGGGCUACACAUAUAUUUCAUAUAGCAGUAAGAUAAACUGAGGUUAUUUUGCAGAAUGUGGAAGAGACUAUGAUUAAAUUCAUUAAAGCUAAUUACACUGUUAAUUAAAGUUUAGCUGACAUAGAAAUCUUUGCUGUUUACUGACCUGCUUAAAGCUUUGGCCUUUUUAAUAGUAUAACAUGGAUUUCAUAGUUUAUCAUUACAUUCUAAAUGGAUGGUUUUUAAUAGGGCUAUUUCAGUUAGUCAACUUUUCUCUGGUUUGUUUUUCAGGAUUCCAGCGACGAGCAGCUCCCCUAAUAGAAUGAACCCCGCUGGUUCUGAUGAAUAUUUCCAAUCUAUAAACCAUGCAGAGCAGACCUUCCGCAAGAUGGAAAACUAUCUGCAACAGAAGCAAUUGUGUGAUGUGCUACUGAUUGCUGGGAACCAUAAAAUUCCAGCACACAGGUAAUAUGCCAGAUGAAACCAUGAUAAGAAUUCUUAGACAAUAUCAUCUGUACAUGUUUUAGUCAGCACUAAACAUUGGACAGUGCAUUUGGCUGAAUAGCUACACUAAGCACAGCUAUAUACGUAUCCCAGUAGACCAGCUAUGCCUCUACGUAAAGAGACACUUUAACAGGGUGAUUUACUAAAGAGAGAAUUUAAAGUAAAUUCAAAGGGAAUUUAAAAUGUGAGGUCAAACUAGCUAUGCUUCCAGUUUGGCUAUUUUGACCUCAAGUAUGAAAUUACAAUGUAAUAGAGCAGCAGGAAAUGCUAGCAGAAUGUUUGGUUGUAUAGGGAGAGGUAUUAGCAGUAGAAAGAGGGAAGUGCUCACGCCAUUAUACAGGACACCGGUGAGACCUCACUUGGAGUAUUGUACGCAGUUCUGGAGACUGUAUCUUCAGAAGGAUAUUGAUACUUUGGAGAGAGUUCAGAGAAGGGCUACUAAACUGGUUCAUGGAUUGCGGGAUAAAACUUACCAGGAAAGGUUAAAGGAUCUUAACAUGUAUAGCUUGGAGGAAAGACGAGACGGGGGGAUAUGAUAGAAACAUUUAAAUACAUAAAGGGUAUCAACACAGUAAAGGAGGAGACAAUAUUUAAAAGAAGAAUAACAACCACUACAAGAGGACUUAGUCUUAAAUUAGAGGGACAAAGGUUUAAAAAUAAUAUCAGGAAGUAUUACUUUACUGAGAGGGUAGUGGAUGCAUGGAAUAGCCUUCCAGCUGAAGUGGUAGAGGUUAACACAGUAAAGCAGUUUAAGCAUGCGUGGGAUAGGCAUAAGGCUAUCCUAAAUAUAAGAUAAGGCCAGGGGCUAAUGAAAGUAUUUAGAAAACUGGGCAGACUAGAUGGGCCAAAUGGUUCUCAUCUGCCGUCACAUUCUAUGUUUCUAUGAAUUUACUUUGAAUUCUCAAUUUAGUAAUUAACCCCUGAAUGCAGUGUUCUAUACAUUACCUGCUCUAAGUAAUCUGUCCUAAACCCACCACUAGUUUCAAUUUCACCAUUGCUGUUAGUGAACUCUCAUUGACUGUUAAUAUACCCACAAAAGAUGCCAGGUAGGUAAUGUUUAAAUACAGUAAAGGUUUAAGCUCCAAAUGGUUAAUGUAUAAGGCAGAACAAUACUUGAAAAAAAUUUUUAUUCUCCUCCUGAGUGUUGUUAUUUUGUUUGUGAAGAAAACCAAAAAUAAUAAUCAAGGGCCAUUUAUGAUGAUCCGGUGGAUUUACUAUUAUGUGAGCUCUGUUUAUUUAAAUGUCAUAAACUCACCAAACAUCAAUAAAAUAUGUUUUAUUAGAGGUGGAAUGUCAGAAUAAUGCAUUGAUAUGCACUUCCGUGAAUAAAGGAACUACUGCGAGUUUACAUAGUCCCAACUUUAUAUGACAAACUUGUUAAAAAUUGAUAUAUGCUGCAGGGUAUAAUUAUUCAAUAAUUAGGAAUCACUUUUUCCUUCAAAGUUAUGCAUAUCCCCUAUGUUUCAGUUAAUUAAUUUUAAUUGCGUUAUACAUACAUAUACCAUAUAGUUCAUUAAAAGUAGCACACCUCCCCAAGUGAAGUGGAAUGUGGAACCAUAGGAGCCAACUUUACAGGAUAAACCAGAUUACACAAUUUUUUAGCAGAAUAAAAAAUACUUUAAAAGCUGAUAUGUGUGUGGGUGGGGUGGGGGAGCAGGGGGUGCAUGCUUGUUAAGCUUGUUUAGGUCUUUUUCAAAUUUUUUGAUUAUGUUUUAACUUUCAGUUGCUUCAAUAAAGCUAGUAAGAUUGAUUGCCUUAACAGAGUAACAUGCCAUCAGGAGACAUUCAUAAAUACAGAGAUGAAAUGUCCAAAUGAUCCUAAAACACAUAAACAAGAAUACAAGUUGGCGACAUAGUCAGAGACAGCAUGCAGGCAGGAGACAGAGGAAGGGAACUGAAAAUCAGAGAGACUUCAAAAAUAUACAAAAUGUUAAGAUCUGCUGUAUAAAAUGUUGGACUCCAUCUCCCAAUUCAAUUGAAUGAUUAGCUUAAUUACUGCAGUACAACUAUGGAAAUGUCAGCCAAUUAUAAGGAGUUAGCUAUGAAAAGUAACUGAAUUCUAAAGGUUUUCCAAGAAUGGCAUGGUUAAACCAAUGAUUCUAAAUAAAUUAAUGUUUGAUUAUUGGAUCUCAUGCUUCCGAUCCAUAUAUCAGGACUUCAAGACCACAUGAUCUGGCCUUUUUUUCUGUCAUUAUAGAUCUGUUGGGUUCCUAUUGUGGGUUUGACUUGUCAACAAUGUCUUUAUAGAGCUUUACUCCAAGAUAUCUCGUAAAUGGAAUGUUAACUUGGCUCUUUAUUAGAUCAGACUAAAUAUAUAUUUUAUAGCAUAGCAUAUAGGCUUUGAUAGACACAAAUAAAACAAUCAAAUUCUCUUUUGCACACUGCUAGAUAAUGCAUGUCUUUCUCUUGCUGCAACCCAGAGUGUGUAGUUGUUUUUUUGGUCUCAUUUAUAAACUGCCUUCAGCUGUAGAUGCCCAAAUAAUUGAAAACGUUUUGAGUUUUUGAAAAAAACAAUAUUGUGUUGCUCUGCAAAGUCUGUAAGCAGUUAACGCAUGUUGGAUUCAUCAGUGGGUCAUUUAGUCCCACAAAAGGGGUAGUGCUGAUUUAGGACUACAAAUGGGGCUACAGAAACAAUGCGAAUGAGUAAGGAAACAAAAUAUACAGGUUGUUAGUCUGGGUAUGAUUGAACCCAUAAAAAGCCGAGAACAAAUUAUAUCACUAGAAAAAUUAUAAAUAUUGCUUUAUCAAAAUCUACUUGAAAAAUGUAGUAUCUGAAUAUUUUUCAUUAUAUUAUAAUGUCCAAAGACACAUAUGUACAAAAAUAUUUGUAAAGCAUUUUGCUAGCAUGUUAAACACAAGGAAGUGGAAACACCCACAAAUGACCCACUGCUAGAAGUUUAAGCUUCAGGAAAACAAUGUUUUGUAAAAGAAAAGUUACGGAAAAAUUACUGGGAGAUUAUAAACAAGUUCACAGUCUUGUCUACUGUUUAUAUUUCAAGGCUGGUUUUAAGUGCUGUUUCGGAUUACUUUGCUGCAAUGUUUACUAAUGACGUGCGUGAAGCAAAAGAAGAGGAGGUAAAAAUGGAAGGAGUGGACCCAGAUGCACUAAAAGCCCUUGUACAUUAUGCUUACACAGGUAACCAUUAAUCUGUUCUUUCUCUUAUUAUGUAUGGAUGUAAAACUAUAAUAAUACUAAACUACAUGGGGAUAUACUUACCAAGAUUUGAUAAACAUUAUAGAAUAAAUCAUUUUAUGAUAUACAACAUAAGCAAGCAGUAGUUAGGAUAAACGAGGAUUGACCAAAUUAAUUAGUCAACCACAUUAGAAGUUAAUAAAGCAUAUAAUAAGAUUACAAUAUACCUGUUGUUUGAGGUAUGUUGGCGCUUAAUAAAUAAUCAUAAUAUCACGUAUGUCUUAUCUCCCUAUACAGAGGAUAGUAACUAUUGUUUGGCACAGUUGGAAUCCAAACAAAAUAAAAUAAUAAAAAAAUUAUGACAAAUUGAAUGGAGUCUUACGAAGCCAAAACCACUGAAGAUAACCAUGUUAUACAAAUAAAGCGUGUGGUUUUCAUAAAAAAUAGUAUAUAAUAAUAAUUAUAAUAUAUAAUUAAUAAUAAUGAUAAUGCACUUUGUUAAUAAUUCCAUUAAAGGAGAAUGCUUUCAUUCAAUUCUCCAAGCUUGAUGGAGGUUAUUCAUGGUGUGCUGUUUUUGAUCAUGUGGCCUGUUACAAUACAAACAAGUCAUCUGUACUGUUCCAGUAUCAGGAUUGAUAUUGAAAUGAUGAGAAUAAAUUAAAUACAUAAUUGUAUUUUUUUUCUUGCUUUUAAAUUGCUGCUGUUCAGGGUUCCAAAUCACGCCUCUCGCUAGACCCAUUAACCUUUUCAAUCUUGUCAUAUUAAAGAGGAACUACCAUCUUAUCGUUAGUGAUAGAUCGGUUUUGCUGUUUACCAGUAAAUGUUAUUGAAGCACUUACUAGAAUAAGGUGAGUAGUAGAUGUAAGUAGCAGCACAUUCAGGUUCAUCUUCUAACAAUGCACUACAGACACACACAUACUUAGCAUCUUCUUCGUAGGACAUAUGCACACUUGUGUGUCAUGCACAGUGACUCAUGGAAUCAUCCUACUUAAUGCAAUGCAGUGUCAGAAUAUUGUUGAGGUUAAUGUCCCCUUUCCCCCCAGAAAAAAACAGCAAAGUUUAUAGUUUACUCUCAAGUGACAGCUUCUUAAAAUAAAAGUACGGCAGUGGUAUCUAUGUCAUUAUUUAGAAUAUUAGUGCUUCAGUCAUCACUUUUAAGGGGAUGCUAAUUUUGGAACAAUCAUUAUUUUGUUGCCCCAUAAUCAUUCUGUGCUUGUCCUGAUGAGUAUGUCCAUAGUACAUUGGUCAUUUAGCAAUAUGUCAUCUUCCCUCUGGAACAAAGUUUUUCUUUUCAAGUUUGCUAUGUAAAAUGUAAUACCCAUUCCUGCCCAUUUAUAGAUCCCUUCAACAAAUUAAUUUAUGAAAAUACCAUGUUAAGCCUAUGCAUUGAUGUGUCUGUGAUAAUGUCUACAUAAACACACAUUGACUUUCAUGAAUGCUAAUGUUUAGACGAUUCUCAAAGUGCAAGUACUGAAACACAAAGGACUUCUACUGCUGUAUGCGCAAAGAAUAAAAUUAUAGGGCAAAUCUGCAUGAUAACCAAACAGUGAAUCUCUUAAGGGAUGGAAUAAAAUGUUACUCAUAGUUAAGUCUCCUUUAAUUUGACUAUAGCUGCCUAUUUUCCAUGACAUCUCAUACAUGUAGACGCAUACAUAUAUAUUCAUUAGACUUAAAUUUGUCAGGAAUUGACAUUUUACAAUUGCACGUUUAGGGCCAAAAAAGCAAAUUUGAAACAUUCUUCAAUUGGGCAAUUUAACUAACUCAGCUAUCUUUGGUUUAAAAACUACAUUCUCUGGUUAAUAUCCAACAAUUCCUAGUUCAGAAAAUAACCAUGUGUACAUUCUGAAGACCUUCUUUUAUGUGUGUUUCAUAAGAAGUUUUGUUUGUACCACUUCUGUCUGUCGUAUGGUAUAAGAUCUUUUGGUUUAUUCGAUUUAAAUCACUGAAUAAAUACAAUAUUUCUAAAUCCAGUACAGGCAUCAGUCAGUAAUAUUUGCAAUGUAGAAGGAUUACAGAGAACUUCAACUGUUGGAUUUAAAUCAAGAUCAACUUAUCCAAUUGUCAACAUCAAUGACUCAAGUCAAAGCCCUAGUACAUUCUCUCUAAAACAAAGCUUUUGCGGAAUCCUAUCUGCAGAAUAAAAGAAUACACCUGUCUAUUAAUCUUUACAAAAAGAUUAAACAAAUGCCCGGAGGAAGCCAAGUUGAAUCUAAAACAAAGAAUAAGAUGAAUAAUGUUAAAAGAGAAAAGAAAAAAGAAGGGGGGAAUUUGUCAUUUUAUGCUAAUGGCAUUUUUUAAAAUAAAAUACAAAGAGAUAAAACUGUUGCUGUUUCAACAAAAAUGUUCUCAUGCAGAUUAACAAAUUUAAUCUCAGAGUUUUACAGGAUAGACAUUAAAAGAUUCACUUCGAGCUCAAUCAAUAAUCAUGAAUUAAUUAAUGCCUCUUUAAACAUUAGAAAGCUGACUUGUUGCAUGUUUUAACUUUUAUCUUAAUUCCUUUUGGAGUACAAACUCUUCCAGAAUGUAGACAAAUGGUUUAGGAUGGUGAGCUGUGGGAUUGGGUAUACUGCACUCAUAUUAACCCCGUCAAGUCAGCCAAUAUAUUUAUUUUCAUAUUUAUUUAAAGUCGUAUGAGGUUCUAUGACUUUAUGCUUAGUUGGCUCGGGGCACUUUUAAAAAUGCAAGUUUUAGUGCUGAAAAAGACAACAAUGGCUACUUUUACUGAUGAAAAACAGAAAUUGUAAGUUUUCAAAAGUAUUAAAAAUUGUACAUAGGUUUGGAUGAUAUUUUGGAUAAAAUUAUGUCAUUCAUCAAUGUUACCCUUAUUUAAGUCAAGGGUGUAUUAAAAAUAAUUAAGUGUGGAGAGUCCAAAACUUUAAUUAUACAACAAGGAGGAAUUAUUCUAAUUCAGCCAAUUUAACCCUUUCCCCAUUGACUGUCUGACAGGGUGGGACAUUUUAAUUUUCUCUUUCCAAUCAUAUGUCCCACCUGGUGGAACUUAUGAGUAGCAUGCAAGUUUGACGAUUGUAUGGCUCACCCAGGGACAUAACGUUAUCGGAUAAAGGCGACUUGAAAAACAAACGCACCCAUGAAGUGAUUUCUAUAAAUAAAUUUGGCAAAUUUAGUGAACGACCUUGAAAUCUUAUCCGUGUCGAAAGGGUUAACUAAUUUUGCCUAUAAUAAUCAAUUUGACACCACAAUUUACUCGUUAGUGAAUAUAACACAAGGUGGAUUCCUCAAGGGCAUUCAAAUUAUAGCCUUUUAAAAAUGUUGGUGAGAUACAUCACUACUAAAAUUAAUGUUGACUGUGACAGAUUAAGUAUUUCCAUGAAUGGCAGAAUUCAGGAAAGAAAAAGUGGGAAUUGUGCCUUAUGUGGAAAUUUGACUGUUCCUUGUAAAUCUGGCUUUCUGGAGUUGAUGUGAGGUGUAAAUCAGUGCCCUUUGGACUUUGACAUAUUGUCAAUGACUUGGGAAGAACCGCAAACUAGUAUUCUAUAAAUUACAGACACAUUGCAUAGAUUUUAGCGGAAACUGAUGAUUAUAUGGUAUUGGUGAGACAUUGUACUAAUGCAGCUAAUGUUGGUACUCUUGUCAAUGGAGAUCUUGACUUGAGAAAGGUUUUGGCAGACAACCAUGGUUUGUAUGAAUAGCCAAUGCACUAAUACAGGAAGCUUGUAUAACUGAGCAGGAGGCACGUUUGUCAUGGUGCCAACCUCCGUUUGAAGAAGCUGGCAUUAAGACUGAUGUGACAUUCUACUUGCUGCCACACACCCAGCUGAAUGGGUUGCUAUGUUGGGGAAAGGGGCAGACAUGCAAAACUACAGAAUUACUGUAUUCUGAUGUAUUUAGUGACAACAUGGAGCUGUUUAUAUGUUGAUUAAAAAUGCAGCUUCUUAGUUAGAUAGGGUUUCACUCGUUAUAAUCAUAUGCACAUGCUGUGCUUGAAUUUUCACGCAAGAACAUAGCACCUAUUAUAAUGCAGGCAAAAACUAUACAAUAUGAAAUGUGUGACAUUUGACAAAUUUGAUCAGGCCAGCAGGGUUUAAAUUAAAUGAACAGUAAUAGUGGUAAAAAUACUACCUGAUCACAUGCUUUACUGAUUUCCUGGCUGACAAUAAUAUAUGACCUUUGACAUGUGUCAGAUAGUGACAUAUACAAAAUAAGCACUUGGGGUUAUGCAGUAAAUUGCAAAGAAUUGACAAGAAUCAAUUAAUUUCUAAGUCAUAAGAAUCAGUUUCUCCAAACUUCCUUUUUUUCAGCUUUGGUAUUUUGUGCUAACUCUCUUGAUUCUUCUGAAUUCCCAGUUUGGUGAAUAAAUGAAAUUGUCUUCCAUAAAGUCCUAAGUAUAUUCUGAUAAUCCUGUGCUUUAUUAACAAAUCAAUGUAUUUCAGAUCAUCAUUAAUUAGAUGAUGACAGAAUUAAGUCAUUUAUCGUUCUUACUAAUCUUAGACCACUAUGCCAUAACUGUUAGCAUGUCUUCUUAGAUUAGAGAGUAUUUGCUUUAUUUUAGAAAAUUCACAUGCAAAUACAGUAGCACCCCUCAGUGUUGAAGGUAUUCAAUGGUUGUCUCUGCUUUGUGGUGGCCUGCUACUUUCUGCAAUUGUACCUGCAUUCUAAACUCUACAAACCUCCUUAGAUAUCUGCAAAAAUGUGUUUCAUCCAUAAACAAUUCACUCCAAAUCCUUUUAAUCCCCACCUGAGUGAAUCAAUCUAUCUAGGAAAUAAAUGGGCGGAUUGAUUGGCUUCGGUAUUGAUUAAAUGGCUUUUGAUUUAUACAAAUCAAUUCACUUAUGGACACAUUUUUGAACAUGCCAAAACCUCAGAGGGCCUAUUACUUGUAUUUAGUUUGUAAACCACAUAAAUGUGCACAAGGGGAUAGUUCCAGGUUGAUCCCCCUUGAUUGAACUACUUAAUUUAUUGCUGAUUUGUCCCUCUGUAACAUGUUUAGAACCCCCCUUACACUUUCUGAUAAAUAUUGUUGCAUAUUAUCUUGGUGAUAAAUAGCUUGACAAUAUAAUUCUAGGUAUCCCUAGAACAAAACACAGUAUGAUAAUUUUGUUUAAUAGAUAAAAAUAAAUACUCUUUAUGACCGAGAAAUCAAUAAACAAUACAUUUUCACAUUUUAUUAAAAAAAAAAAAAAACUCUCUGGAUGCACUCCCUAAUGAAAUGUGCUGAAUAUACAGUACCUGUGUUGAAGGAACAUGGUAUCUUUGUUCUGAUGGGAUAUAUUAUCUUUUUAUAAAUCAUCACAUGGCUCCACCCUGGAAACUUGGUUGAGGGUUCUGGGAAAAUAACUGAAAACAGGUAUGUUUUAUAGCAGACACAGAUCUAAGACACAAGUCCUUUGUGAAAACAGGGAAAAAGAGUUCCUUUGGGACUCAGAACUAAGUGGCAGCUGAGUCCCAUUCGACUUCUGUACUUAGUGUUCAGCUAUGAAUGCUUGAAAAAAAAAAAAAAACGUACAAUAAGUCAACCUUACAACCAAGACACUGGAACAAUUAACUUUGUAAGAAAACCAUUGUUCAUGGUAAUGGCAUUGCCUUUUCAAAAUGGUAACAUAAACACCUCGUUUAGCAAUAUUUAUGGGCAUGCUAGAGUGCUUUCAUUCAAUCCAUAAUUUGAUAAAGCCUAAUUCAAUGCUAGUGUGUAGCCUCAAGACACAUAACCUUUUAACCUCACCGGCAGUAAAGUGUUUACCUCUUCGCAUUUCAUAAAGCAUUUUAUAGGUCUCUAUAAAGGAUAAAUGGAAAAAACUGUCCAAACCCAAUAAUCAUACACACAUCAAAGCGUUUCCUCAAAAUAAAUUGCUUUCAUCUUUGAUGCUUGAUUCCCUUGGUGAUUUUUAUUUUUUAUUUUAUGUAACAACACUCUGUAUAUUUUUUAUUUUCUAGAGCUCCAGCAGAAUGACUUAACACCUCCAGAAAGAUCUCACACAUCUUUAUAUAUUAUAUUUAGGAAGGAAAUUAUGUUUUUUUUAUAACUUUUAUAACAUGUUGGUUCCUUCUUUUAUUAUUUACAAAAUUAGAUUCUAUCUGUCUGUCUACUAACCUAUCUUUGUACAAAAUGUGGAUUUUAGAAUGGUAAAAUAAUGAGUCCAUGUGAUGCCAUUACUAUGAAGAAAUUUGCCUGCAAAUGUUCACUCUUUGCCUUCUUUUGAGGACAAUCAUGUUAAGUCUGGCUCUCUAAAUCCAGUAAUAGUUUUCAAUAUUUUAUAAAAUAUUUUACCAGGAAGGAUACAUUGAGAUUUCUCUCAUUUGGGUGUGGGUAGUUUGAGAUGCUAUGUAUAUAUAAUGAAAACGUGUGUUCUGCUUAGGGUCCCAACAGUAGUCCACUUAUGUCUGCUUCAUCGUGACUUUAAUAUUGGGUUGAUAUAUAUUUGGCCAGGCUUCCUUCCAUCGCAUUUUUUCCUACAACCAUACUACCAAUGAUAAUAGGUGAGGUAUAACAUUUACACUUUUGAGUUUUUUUAAUAUAAUGGUAAUUCUAAUAAUUCCUUUUUCCCUCACCAAACAUUUCUCUACAUUUAUGUGAAUCAUUCUGAAGAAUUGGGUUGCCAAAAAUCACUCACAUUUUUAUAAGUAGUGUAGGGAUGCAACCCGUGCUCAAUCACUAACAUCUCCUAAGGUGGUCAGCUCUGCUGAUAGGUUACCAUGAAUCAGUGGAGGAAGUUUGGCACACUUUGAGAUAAUGCUGGGUGCAAGGUCUCAGGGUCCCUUCCAAUCCUAGAAAUCCAAAUAAAUAUAAUAAUUGACUAAGAACUCUGGUUAUGGGUCUGUUACCUACUAAUAUACUUACAGUUGGUGUUGUCACAUUGAUGAUUUCUAAUCAGCUUUGGCGAUGCUAACAGUUAAUUGUGCCAUAUCCCUAUAAAUACAUAAAACCUGUAGUUGAGGUUCCUAACUUUAAUCAAUAUAACUACUUGAUUAUUCAAAUCUGUUUACAUUAUAUUGUUGUAGCGUGUACUGUAUAUACUAUGGAAAUGGAUAUUUUCAGAAAAGCUGAAGAGUCUUAAUGGAUUCGACUCCAAAGGUAGUUUUGCAUUAAGGAAACCAAAUAGAGUCUGCUACCAUGCAUGGAGCACCAUGGAAAGGAAUCUGCAGUCCCUUAGAAGUAUUAAAAAUCAAAUUCCAAAGGCUUCACAUAGUAGUGCGAUUAGAAAGGAGUUAUAUACAGGGUUAAAGGAACAGUAUAGCAUCAGGAACAAAUGUGUAUUCCUGAGCUAUAGUGUUAAAAACACUAUUUAGGUACACACCAUUCUUUACCCCUUAAAAAGAGUAAAACCUUACCUUUAUUCCAGCACUACGCAUGUAAACCGGCACUUGCUCCACCUAUGUUGUGCUCCUUUGCCUGAACUCAUCAGAAUUGAUGAUCUCAGCCAAUUCAAUGCUUUUCCACAGGAAAACAGUAGGAGGCUAAUGUGCACUCGUAGCAAAAUGCAGCGCCGCACCAAUCAGUAUCACCUCAAAGAGUGGCAUUGAACCAAUGCAUCACUAUAGGGAAAGUUCAUCACAUCCACAAAGAGCUUGGAGAUGCUGAACGUCAGUGCUGACCCAGGAAGCACCUCUAGUGGACAUCUGAGUGGCUGUCACUGGAGGUGUCUCUAGGCUGUAAUGUAAACACUACCGUUUUCUAUAAUAAGGCAUUGUUUAUAUGAAAAUAUAAGAAGGGACAUUCUACAGACACCAACACAACUAAAUUAAGCUGUAGUUGUUUUGGUGACUAUAUUGUUCAUUUAAGGCUUGACUCCAAAACUUGUACAUAAGUUUAUUCUCCUGAUCAUGAAUAAAACUUCCUUUUUUCACUACUCUGGGAAGUCUUUAGAAUUUGAUUUUGAAGUCUUAAUGGAUUAAAAUACCAUUACCCUAUAGAAACUCAGUAAAUGUGGACUUAUGAAUCGCUAUUACAUUCAAGCCAUUGAUUGAAAUGAAUAAAAUAGAUAGAAUUUGUUUAGCAAAACGUUUCAGACAUGUAGUGCAAUUUUAGCAAUAUGCCGAUGAUUCAAUUCAUGACCAUAUAGUGAAAAGUUAUGUUAAAUUGCACAAAUUAUAUAAAUGUAUUCCCCUGAUGCAAAUGCAAAAGGUAAUCAAGAGAAGAUUACGUAAUGCAGUGAGUGACUAAUGAGUUACAGAAAAAAAAAAAUGAUUGCUACGUAGUUUGUUGGGAAAAGUCUGUUUGCUCGGAAAAAAAAAACACACACACAAAAAAAAUGCAUUACAUCAAUUAUCAGUGGAAUAUUAGUCAGUUUACAGGAAACAUCUAAUGCAGCAUUCGUGAUUCAAGUGGAGCUUGAUUGCUCUUUUUCAAAUUACGCAUUAAACAACCAGAUGUGAUAGAAGUCUAUGUUCAGUUUGCGUACCGCUUAUACUUAAUGAACUUCAUUUAAAAUUAUCUUUAGUAGCACAAAUAGAUGAGACUUUUUUUUUUGUAAAAUUAGUUUAACAUACAAAAUAAUGCAACACCUGCAUUUCAUUAAAAGAGCAGCGGUAAACUAUAACUGUAAAAUGAACAAUAAUAAAAUAUACACUCCGUAUAGAUGAGAGCUUCCUGUUUAACAGCAAUUUUCACAUCUUUACUGUACAUAUUGGAAUGUAAUAAAAACAUUCCAAAUGAAUGUUGUAAAAAAACUUUUUGGGACUUAAAUUAAAAUUGCAAAUGUUUUUCAAAUAAAAAUGUGAAGUAUUUUGUAAAGAAAAAAAACUUUUUGAAAUCUUAAACAUGUUUUUUGGGGAUGUGUAAAGUAAAAAAAAAGAAAAAAAAUGUUCUCCUUUCUCUCUGUUUACUGUUGGAAUCAUGUAGGUGUUUUAGAACUGAAGGAAGACACGAUCGAGAGUUUACUGUCCGCAGCCUGUCUUCUCCAGCUCUCACAAGUGAUCGAGGUCUGCUGUAAUUUCCUGAUGAAGCAGCUUCAUCCAUCCAACUGUCUAGGCAUUCGAUCGUUUGGAGAUGCACAAGGCUGUAUGGAACUCCUGAGAGUUGCACACAGCUAUACAAUGGUAAGAUAUUUCAGCAACAGAGAAGCAUAACAAGAACUAAUUUAUAAAAAAAUUAAUUAUGUAUGAUUUUUUAUUACAUAAUUCAAAUGGUAUCUAGCUUGAGCUAUUGUAAAAUAUAGUGAUAAAGGUUGUUUCAAUACUUUGUUUAUUACAUAGCUUGCGCAUAAAUAGCAAUUUAAUCAUAGCAAUCUUAAUAUAUGACUUAUUUAUAGUGUAUAUAUUUUAUUUCUUGUAUUUUUAGAUAUUAUGGGAAGUCAGCAUCAAGUCUAACAUUCAUCAAGUGUAACUUCUGAAAAUUACUACUAACAGUGUGUGUCGAUAAUUACAUUGGACACUGUAGGUAUAAAAACAAAGGAGAAUUUAGCACUUGUAAAAUAGUGAUACAAUUUAAAAAGCAGCUUAAUCACCAGAUCUGGGGACUCUCUAGUCCGGUAGAAAAGGAGACAAAACAGAAGGGUUGAUGCAGCGCCUAACUUGUCCUUGCAAAUUUUUGUAGUGACAAAGAAAGGCUAAUUGUGUAUUACGUAAAAUACAAUAAAAUAAAAUAAAAAUAUUUUCCACUAACACUUUUUGGGAGCUCCAACUUAAAUGCUUGGGUGUAAUCUCUGCCUAUUAUAGAGCCUAAAUGUUGGCUCCACAAGUAUAGCGUGGAGUCAUAUGAUCCUCACUUUAGGAUAUAGUUGAUGAUAGUAUCUCUCCGUAUGUGAACAUAAAAGAGAAAUAAUACCACAAUAGUAUAGUGCAUGGAGCUUAACGCUGUCUCGCCAUUCAGUGUUAAACUAUUUUCAAGCAGUUUAAGACUAAAUACGUGUCGAUGGCCACCCAGAGCCAGAUCCCUACUAGAGGCAUGGCUAACACAUAUUACACACUUCCUUUUAAUCAUACCAAUUAAUCAGCAAUGGCUGCUGUGAUAGGCUGAAUGUGGUCAGCUGACAGCGUAGCCAAUCACAGCUACCCAUUGCUGCUCAUAGCAAUACUUUCUCAUUAGACCAAGCAGAACAUAAAGAAAUGACUCUUAGUUAGCAUUAAACAUUAAAAACAGUUUAACACUAAGUAGAAGGAUGGUGUCACAAUGUGAUGAAACAGUUACAGUGCCUAUUGUGUCCAUUUAAAAUUAAAGUGUACUUGUUGUACCUUAUACUUGUAACUUGGGGUAGGGAAUAAAGGAAUUGUAUGACAGACAUACUUUACUCAGAUGCUGGCAUGUUGGAAAGGAAGUCUACUUGUUGGCUUCAAAAAGAAGGGUAUGCCAUUUUAAGAUGUUGGCUGGAUUUACCAGUGACCUAAUGUGCUUUGUUUUUUUUUUUUUCUCUAAAACGAACUGUAAAAAAAAAACUUUACGAUAAAGGUUAUGAAAUAGGAAAAGGAACAAGAUUCAGCUAGAAAGAUUUUCCCAGGAAACCCUUUGUAAAAUAAUAUUUAUGAAGCCCUGGUGUAUUCAUUCACAUUUAAUGGUUCAAAUACACAUGUGCAACUCACAGAUACAAGUCAUAAAAUGAAAUAAUUCUAGUACCCUGAGAUUUAACAUUUGACAUAAUAAAUAACCCAAUAUAUAUGCAGUUAGGAUUUCUGCUUCCAGAGAUGUGCUAUAGCUAUUUGUAACAUACUGUGACCUAAUUCUUAUUUAACAUUGCGGAAUGUUAAUGUAUCGUUGCAUUUGUAGAAAGUACAGGAGACACAGAAAGUAAAAACGGUGUGACCAUUACAGUGCCACUCAACACAUAAAUGUUUGUCUUUCAAGGCACAUCCUGCUCCCUGUAUUGACCUAUAGUGCAUAAUAGAAACAGGAAGUUAAAUCCAUUUAGAUGGAUGUAAAUAGCAGCGUAUUUGUCAAUGUGAGCCUCAUCUGACUGUGAGAGAUAGCAUACAGGAUGCUGUUAAUGAAUCUUCAGAAGAGGAUCUACAGUGUUUAUUUGUUUAAGAUUACCGGCUGGAUGUUUUUACUGGCUAUUCAUAAAAAAUAAUUGUAAAAUAGUUUAAAAACAGAGCUUUAUUAACCCCAGACCAUGAACUAUAUUUUAGUUGAUUUACCAGACAAGAUAAUGUAUUUAAUUUCAUUUAAAUAGUGUCUUAUGUAUAUGUGAUGGUACUGACUAUUGAUUGUUUAAAUUAAAUGGACAGUUAUAUUUCCUUAUUGAGAAACAUGAUUACAUUUUAUGCACUUAGCUAUAGGUGCAAUUUACUGUAAUGAUUUCAAUAAUGUUUAAAAUUCCUAUUUCUUUGAAUAGUAUAUUUCUGUAUAUUUUCAAUUACAUACGUAAAAUGCAGAGUGAAUUUGGCAUUUUUCUAAGCCAAAUGAGGAUUUGGUUACAGAAUGUGUUUCUCCCAUUAAAAUAAUUGCAAAGUAUCCCUUGUUAGACUUCUUGUUAGAUGGUGAGAAAAUUCAAUUUGGCCAAGCAAUUUUUGCUGAAAAUUAGAAAAUCUUUCGAGUGGUGGGUUUAGGAGAGAUUACUUAGAGUAGGUAAUGUAUAGAACACUGCAUUUAGAGGGUUAAUUACUAAACUGAGAAUUCAAAGUAAAUUCAUAGAAACAUAGAAUGUGACGGCAAAUAAGAACCAUUCGGCCCAUCUAGUCUGCUCAAUUUUCUAAAUACUUUCAUUAGUCCCUGGCCUUAUGUUAUAGCUAUGAUAGCCUUUUGCUUAUCCCAUGCAUGCUUAAACUCCUUUACUGUGUUAACCUCUACCACUUCAGCUGGAAGGCUAUUUCAUGCAUCCACUACCCUCUAACUAACCUUUCAGUCAAUUUUGGCAGAAUGUCUGUACGGAAAAUCUAAUUUGGAAACAAAUGAGACAAAAUGAGACAAUGCAAGGGGCGCAAAACUGGGCAUUCAGUGUACUGCUACAUAUAUACAUAAAAUGUUAUAUAUAUAUAUAUAUAUAUAUAUUUUUAUUUUUUUAUUUUUUUUCCUCUCAACAUCUUAACAUUUUGUGGCUUUCCUCUAGCCAUUUGUCAUCGUUUUCCCAUAUAUUUUUUGACACCAAUCACGAAUCAAAACUAGCAUGUUUACCUGUUGCGUAAUUUAGUUGGUUUGUGAUUAAACUACACUUCAAUUCAGGAAUUCAUACGAUCACCCAACUGACACAAUUUCAGACAGACAAAUUGUAGCUCAGAAUGAAAUGGAUUUAUUUAAUAAUGUUUUAACAUUUUUGUGAAAAACUUAACAUUAGUAUUACUUUCUGAAACAUUAUUUUUACUCUUCAAAUGUCAUUUGGAUAAAACAUUGCAAGCUUUAAAAUAUCAUGCCAUUUGAAGAAUGCCAAAGUCCAUAGUGACUUACAGAGACGGCAGCAAAAAUGAUAAUGCUUCAAAAUCAUCACCAAUACCUAAAAAAAGGAUAUAGCAAUCAAUAUGAUGUUUUAAGAUUGAUGGAUAGGCAAGUUUUUUCUUCUAGCACAGAUUCUCAGAUGAAAGGUAAAUACAGGAAACCAGGUAGUGUCUGGAACACUUGAAUCAUGAAAGCCUCCACACUUGGCACAUCCCUUUGCAUACUAAUGCUGAAUAGGUCAAGGCUUUAGUAGUGAGUAAUCCAGAAGAUGAAGGUAGAUAACACUGGAUAAAAGCUUGUUUUUUUGUGUUUUUAAUUAGUAAUAUAGUCACAAAUGGGUACAUUGAUUAGACAGCCAUCAAAGAACACAUAAACAUUUAGACCGAAUCAGAUUUAACUGACAUUCAAAAAGGGUAGUUGAAGGCAAGGAAGACGGGCAUGUAGGAUAUUACACAAUUAGAAGGGAAGGCAACAAAGUUAAAAAAAAAAACAUGAAAUAGUGGGGGGAAGUAGAGUGCUCAUGUGAAGGGAGAGGUGCUUGUAAGGUCAAGGUCAACUGAGGUUAGGAAGAGGCGUGAAGUAUGACAAUUUAUUAAAUGUUUUUGUAAAUAGAUGGGUAAUGUAUUUAUUUAACAUGUCUGUCUAUGAAUACUUUAAUAUCUAAGUAUUAUACAACUAAAUAAAGGUAAAUAGCACAGAAUAAAAUUCGUAAAAUCCACAGCCAAAUUAUUUUUAAUAUAUGUUUAUAUUGGUAUAACGCCCAUUUGUGAAGUAGCACAGUUGAACCUCGGAACUGGAAUGCUCCCAUACCUGAACAAUUCGGUAUUCAAACAUAAAAUUUGAGAAAAAAAUGUCAUGGCACUUAAACAAAACUCUGUAUUAGAACAAAAUCACAUGGCAUUAACCUCGUUGGUAACUAGUGAUGUCGCGAACCGUUCGCGAACUUGCCGCGAACGGUUCGCCGCGGUUCACGGCGAACUCCGGUCAGCUGACACAUCCCUGCCAAUCUCCGGCAGACCCUCCCUCCCAGAUCCUCCCACCUCCUGGACAGCAUCCAUGUUGAAGCUGCCUUCAACAUGGAUGCUGUCCAGGAAGUAGAGGGUCUGGGAGGGAGGGUCUGCCGGAGAUUGGCAGGGAUGUGUCAGCUGACCAGAGUUCGCCACGAACGGUUCGUGGCGAACCGCGGCAAGUUCGCGAACGGUUCGCGACAUCACUAUUGGUAACUCGUUGGAACCUCGUUGGUAUGCUGCAUUGGCCUCCUAGCACUAAACAAAGUGAACAGAGCUCCAUUUUGUCUGCGAAUAGAGCUCCAUUCUGUCAGCAAACAGGGCUGACAGGUAAAGUGAAGUUACAUUUUAAUUUCAUUUCCAUUAUGUUUACUGUUUUUCUGUAUGAUUUUAUGCAUGCAAAACUGUAACAUUUGUGUUAAUAUGUCGUAAUGUUGGGGUCUGGAACAAAUUAAUCUAAUUUACAUUAAUUCUUAGGAAAAUUUUGCUUCAGUUUUCAAACAAAACGGUCCUCAAACAGCCUUCUGGAACGGAUUAAGUUCGAGUUCCGAGGCUCCACUGUAUAUAUCUUGUUUUAACUUUACCUAACAUUUCCAAAUGUUUAAUUUGCAGUAAAUCUGCACGAACGCAUUUAUCCCUGAUUUGGCAACAAGACGAUAGAUCUUUGACCAAAGUAAAUGUGAUGUACAUUUUUUCUUUUCCUUCUCUUUUUCUUCUUUUUUCUUUUUCUUUCCAUUCAUUUCCCUUCUUAUUCAUAAAUCUCUCUAUAGAGAUAGAACAUAUAGUUUUUCAUUUAUGAGCAAAUAUAUUCAUGGACAUAUAAGUGAAACCUUAUAAAACAGCAUUUGGCACCGUAAAAUGAGAAUACAUUGUGUUCAGUUGUGAAACAAGAUGUUUAUACAACAAUUCAAAAUGAACAUGAAUAUGAUUUAUAUACAUUCAUGUUUUCAAAGGCAUUGCAGUGACAGUAAAUAAAUCACAUUGGUGUACAAGUGCACAAUGUUGUAUGGCUCCAAUGUAUCAUCUAUAAUACACGACAUUAGGCAUCUGACAUGCAAUUUGUUAAGAACUGGCUGGCACCUUAAGUCUGGAUGCCUCACAACAACUCAGGCAAUAACAUUUUCAAAAAAAGAUGUGACAGAGCAAGAUUGGAGUGAAGUUGGUCAUAUUUAUAUUCUCGCUGUCUCUCUUAAAACAGAACAGUGUAAAAAGUACGUAUAAACAUUUAAUGUUACCAGCUGCAAGACCUGGUGUUGACACAAUCGCACAAUUUGAGGUUUAAAUACUAUUAUAAGAUACAGGAUGGGCCAAAAGGAAGAGUAGGAUUUGACAGGUCAAUAACUCAUUUGUUAGUAGUUUCAUUUUUUUUUUUUGUAAGUACAAAUUGUGAGAUUCAUUAUGGGUAAUUUCACAAAGGAUUAAUGAGUAAAAAUAGUGUAAUUUUAUUUUCAAAUUAAUUGGCCACCACAUUCGCCCAACCUUUCAGCUAAUGAUUACUUCCUGUGGGAAUAUCUGAGGGAGCAUGUGUACGUGAUCAAACUGUGUACACUUGAGCAGCUCAAGAAGAAUACCCAUGCAGAAAUUUGAGUGCUAGAGCCUCAAACAUUACCUAAUAUUUAUGAACAAUGCAAUUGAUAGAGCCCACGUGGGAGGUGGCACAUGGAGCUCAUUUAAAAUAUGUCAUUUUCUGUACCUAGUCAAACAUAUCUCCAUACGUUAAGAGUAUGUUAAGUCAUUGUAUGUAAUAUCAUUGGAAGUGGUUCAUUAAUAAAAAAAGUUAUUGACUUCUCAAACCCUACUCUGAAUUUUCGCCCAGCCUAUAUAAACAUAGGUUUGGUAAUGGAACAGCAAUUUUUACAAUAUAUUUAAAUGGAAGAACCGAUAUUCAGUUACCAGAGUUAAGUUGUUAUAAAAUCAAGAAAAUGAUGUAAUAUCACAUAUAAAUAUAGGUAUAUAUGCAUACAUGUGCACAUUGCUUCAGUCCAUCUUUUUUUGUUGUUGAUUAUUUUUAGCACUUAUAUGAAAAUAUGGGGAUAUUUUGAAAUCUGAGGUCAGAGGAUCUGUGCCUCUGGUGGACAGAUCAUUUUCUUUAGCUGAUGUUAAUUUGCUCUAUUACAGACAGAUGAUAUCGGAAAGCAACAAAAAGAAGUUUCUUGGUAUGUUAAAAAGAUAAGUCUGGAGGUGGGGCCUGACUCCCGAGAAGACCAGAAAUGUUCCUCAGUAGCCCCAACAUCUGAGAGCAAAUUUUAUUUUAAUCUGCAUUAUAACAUAUUGGAAUACGAGGAGAGAAUACUGAAGCAUGCUUAG